GGCCUGACUGGUACCUGACCAAGGUGAAGCUGAGGGUGACAGAUGUCAACGACAAUGUCCCCGAGUGGGCCAUGGAGCCAUACCCCUACCUAGCUGUGGUGUCCUCCGAGGCCCCCCCUGGGGCGCUGGUUUACCCACUCAUCGCCCGCGACGGGGAUGAGGGCAGCAGUGGCGAGGUGGAGUACUUUUUGGCCGAUGGUACGGAAAGCACACAUAGACACACACACGGUGGACCAAGCCCAGGGGUGUAGUGCAGCCAGUUAAAUUUAGAUUCAAGUUGAAUCAAUAUGUCUCGCAAUAUCACUUAAUGAUUCAUUAGUAUUCUACAUAACAAACCAAAUAUAAUAGCAUAGUAUAACGAUAGGCUCUACUGUUAGACCAAAAACACCACGUAAUUAGGCUACUUAUUACAUUUUUUUCCUCAUGCGGCCAGAACUCAACAGCCACGCCACUAGACUAAAUAUGCUUUGAUUGAAACAAAAUAUGCUACUUACAUCAUUCAAGAAUAAUAAAAUCAAAAUGCAUAAUCCCAUGAAAGUGAUUGGGAUCAAAUGGUUGGCAUGCAGAUGGCUCAUUGUCACAGCGACGUGUAUGCGGUAGGCGAAGUCAAGAGCAGGACACCGAGCUACUGGCAGAAACUUUACUGGAUGCAGUGCAAAAUACAAAGUACACAGGCAACCUCAAACAGCGAGGAAAUAAUAAGACCCGCACACAUGGGCAACUGCCGCAAAGACCAAAACAAUUACGCACAAUACACAAUGAGAAACAGAGGGUUAUAAAGGGAACACAAUAAAACAUCAUGGGAAACAGGUGUAAACAAUAAAGACCAAACAAGACAAACACCGAAACAUCGAUCGGCAGCAGCUAGUACUCCGGGGACGACGAACGCCGAAGCCUGCCCGAGCAAGGAGGAGGAGCAGCCUCGGCUGAAUCCGUGACACUCAUGAACGUUUCACCUGUAAAACAUGAAGAAUUAUCAUUCACGAUUGACAGUGAUUUAUUUAUAAUAAGGUAUAUAAAAUGUUAUUUGAGCCACUAUGUGUAGGCAUGGGCAGUCGUUACAUUUGCAUUAUGCAUUGUAGUAUAUGUAUAUUCUAAAAUGAAAUCAUACAGUAGGCUAAUAAAAAAAAAAGGUGCUCCGAUACCUAAUAAAAUAGCACUACACCACUGGGGCCAGCCAAGAGAUCUGUAUCUGUAGAGUCCCUGUGGGCUGCGGAGGGGGGUCUGGUUUGUGAUCUUAUUGGGGGAGUGGGGGGUGGGCUAAUCUAUCUGCCACUCUUCUCUGACCUGCAUUAACUCAGUGCACUACCACUGCAGAUAAAACCCUCGCCAAACAACCAGUCAAACUAACUAGUACCACUCUUUGAGUAGAUUGACCCCCUUCUCUUUUCUCAUUCUCCUCAAACAGAUGUUGAAGCUGAAUUGUAACUAAGCACUGACAUCAGAUGAGCCCCAAGUGGUACAAGCUAAAUGGAAACCAACAACCACCCGCUAAGAAUUGUUUUAUCAGAUUUGACAAUGAUUUAUAUGAGUUUUUCUAUUUAAUCCUCCAAACAUUCCAUAGGUUUAACUCUUAAUCUAAAGAGGAUGAUAGCCCUGCUCUUGCGCAGCAGCAAGGUCUGUUGGCUUACAUUUGACCUCAUUCUAUACAGUGUGGUUGUUGGUAGCCUUACUGUAUGUUACUCUAAUGCCUGGAUUUACAGCAAGACUAGGAUUAGGAUGUUGCUACUGUAUAUGAAUACAUUAAGAUGGAAAUAUUACCCUCAGUCUAUUCAUCUAGUCAAGUCAAAUCAGGUCAAGUCAUGCCUUUCACAUCAAUGCCACAACACACACGGGCUUUACAAAUAAAUCUGAUUGAUUGAUUGAUUAAUUAAUAUAUGUAUUGCCUGAUUAAUGUACCUUACAGGUGGUGAUGGCUGCUUUUCUGUAGACAAGAAGAGUGGUCACGUCCUGACCACAGGUCUCCCCCUGCAGAGAGACAGGGAGUAUCUGCUGAGUGUGGUGGCUUUUGACAGACUGGGCAGCCGCAGCGUUCCGGCCAUGGUGUCUGUCAUAGCAGGACCAAGAGCACCACAGUUCGCCAACGCAUCCUACGCCAUCUCCAUACCAGAGAACACCCCCGAGGGACAGCCGUGAGUACUGGGACUGUAAAGGUUUAUACACAUAUGACAUAGAUGUACACUAGCCUGAGUGCCAGUCUGUUUGUGCUAUCACACAAACAUGGCUUGACAAUAACAGCAAACAGAUCUGAGGCCAGGCUAGAUGUAUACACACUCAACAUGUUAACGCAAGUGCACACACGCACACACGCACACACACACACAUGCAUGCACACACACACAUGCACACAUGUUCACAGACGUUGCAAUUCAACUCUGUAUGGGGAUUAGGGAUUUAAUGAGAAUAUCACAUGUUCCGACAUCAGAGAAAACAGCCUGGGUCCCACAGCCGGCACAACGUCACUUAUUUUGGUCCAGAACUAUAGCACUACACUAUUAGCAUACUGUUAAUGACAUAUUUCUGUCUCCUCUAAGCUUCCUGGUGGUGAUGGCCAUCUCCUUCCAGAAGCAGCCAAUCAGCUACAGCCUGCUGAUCAACCCCAGCAGCCUGUUCAGCAUGCAGCAGGAAACGGGGGAGAUCAGCCUGACCCGCACGCUGGACUAUGAGAGUGACCAGAGACGAUACCUCCUCAUGGUCAGGGCCAGCGAGGGUCCAGGGGGCCUCAGCAGCGCCAUAGAAGUUAGUGAUGGAAUGUGUGUGCGAGGGGUGGGUGUGGGGUUAGAGGAGGGAUGUGUGCGUGUGUGUCUGUGCGUGUGUGUGUGUUGGGGUUGGUUUAGCCUUGAUUUCCAGACUUCCUCACAUUCGUUCCAGUGAAGGACUAGACUUGGAAGGAAGGCAUUGUGAAACUAGGGUUGAUCUGGACACCUAAAUCUCAAGUUUGUCACACUUCUUUCUUAUAUAUGUCUCAGUGUAAGUGUUUUAUGUAUAGUAAAGACUGUCACGAGGUGUCGAGCAAAGCUAUAACAACCAUUAAGUUGACUAAACCAGACAGCCAUAUCCCUAUAGAAUUCAGUCUGUAAGUCAGUCUGCUUACCAGAAUUUAUUAAAAUUUUCUCAAAUAUUUAGUCAAUGAUUUUGUCAUCCAAUUAUCAUGUCAGACAUUUAUCCCACACUCCCCAUUUCAGAUAGAAAACAGAACUUUAAGCCUGACUGGGUCUGCUGGAUGUAGAGUGUUGGCUUGUAGGAAACCUUUCCAGCUAUUUCAGUGCUAUUACUCAGCUGUCACUUCACACUUUACACUCUGACUGUGACAGAGAGAGAGAUAGAGAGAGAGAGAGAGAGAGAGAGGAGAAGAGAGAGAGAGAAAGAGAGAGAGAAGAGAGAGAGAGAGAGAGGAGAGAGAGAGAGAGAGAGAGAGAGAGAGAGAGAGAGAGACAGAGAGAGAGAAAAUAGAGAGGAGAAAGAAGAGAGAGGAGAGAGAGAGAGAGAGAGAGAGAGAAGGGUGGUAGAUGGAGCUAUUGAGUAUUUAGAUCUUCCUAUACUAUCUCUCUAUUCUCGUUCUACUUUUCCUCUCUCUUCUCUCUCUCUCUCUCUCUCUCUCUCUCUCUGUCUCAUCUCUGCUCCUUUCUCUCUCUCUCUCUGCUACUCUCUCUAGUUCUCCUCUUUCCUCUCUCUGCUCUCGCUCGCUCUCUCUCUCAGUUCUGCAAAAAAGACAGACCAGGAACCAUUUUAGAAGCAGAGCUCAUGAGCUGGAAGAUAAAGGAAUUGUUGGGGAACAACUUUAGAAACUAAAGUGCAAUUUAGUUUUUCUCCUCCCAGUAUGACAUUUCAGUAACAAUUUACUUAAAGCCUGUGGGUAUUAUGCAUUAUGAUGCAGUCAUAAUGCAUGGUAAAAUGUCAUGAGCAUCAAUAACCCCAUUAUAAUGACUUAUUAUCGUCUCAUAAUGCAUACAUAAAGACAUAACCUAUUAUAAGCCUUGUUAUAAGACAUUGUAAAGGCUUAUAGGUGCAUAUAACAAGUUAUAAAGCAUUAUACUCGCAGGAUUGUAUAUAGAGUCUUACCAAAAUGUCCCACUUCUGUCUCCUAGAUGUAGAAUGAUUAGGGUUAUGAAAGACUUGCUAAUCUUCCAUUUAUUUCCCUCUCUUCUCUGUCCCCCCCUCUUGUCUGUCUCUCAUUUCCCCAUCUCCUCCCCCUCUUGUCUCCCUCCCUUCCAACUUUCCCCAUCUUUCCCUCCUCAUCCCCCUCUUCUCUCUCUCUGUUCCCCUGAGCAGGUUCAGGUGGUGAUAACGGAUGAGAACGACUGUGUCCCAGAAUUUCUCCAGUCCAUUUACAGUGUUGAUGGAGUCUCUGAGACAGUCACCACAGCAACCUCUCUCCUGCAAGGUAAGAUGAGAAUGCAGCUCUCUCCACCUAGUGUGUGUGUGUGUGUGUGUGUGUGUGUGUGUGUGUGUGUGUGUGUGUGUGUGUGUGUGUGUGUGUGUGUGUGUGUGUGUGUGUGUGUGUGUGUGUGUGUGUGUGUGUGUGUGUGUGUGAGUUUUACUAUACCAGAAGUCCUUACAAGAAUAGUAAACCAAGGAGAAUUCAGACAAGUGAAGACAUUUGGCCGAUCCUAAAAAGGAAAAAGGUUAUUUUGGGAUUAGGGGUUAGGUUUAGGGUUAGGGUUACAAUUAGGGUUAGGGUAAGUGGUUUGGAGUUAGGUUUAAGGUUAGGGAAAAUAGGAUUUUGAAUGGGAAUCAAUUAUUUGUUCCCAAAAGGUCCUCAUAAGUAUAGUAAUACACAACUGUGUGUGUGUGUGUGUGUGUGUGUGUGUGUGUGUGUGUGUGUGUGUGUGUGUGUGUGUGUGUGUGUGUGUGUGUGUGUGUGUGUGUGUGUGUGUGUGUGUGUGUGUGUGUGUGUGUGUGCGUGCGUGCGUGUGUGUGCUUGUGUGUGAGCAUUGGUCUCUGGACAACAAUACAGAACAUUCUGUGAACUCUUUACUCUGAUUUAGAUUGGUUAUACAGGCUCACAAUGAGUCACAAUUUAUCACCCUGUACAUCUAACGCAUGUAUUGAUCGGUUUCUAUUCAUCACAUUUUAUAUCGAGUUGCUGCUGUCAUUCCUUACAUUCUGUUGUUACAGUAAUGAAUAGGUGCUAACGUGCAGCUCUGCCGACACAUUCCAACAGAUUCAUCAGAUUUCUGCUCCAGACUGUGACCUUAGAGACCAGGGUCGUGUUCAUUUGGGCACACCAUAGUAAAACAUUUUUCUACGAAAAACAGAAAUGAGUGUUUCUUAUUGGAAAUGUUCAGCCAGUCCCCUCCUGUUUUCAGUACCUUUUCUUCCUUUUGGUGCCUAAUGAAUACAACCCUCCUGUACCUCUCCUGCAGUGUUAGCCAGUGACUGUGACUCUGGGUUGAAUGCGGAGCUCACCUACUACACUCUAAGCCCAGACUUCAGCAUUUCUCCCCACGGCACCAUCUUCCCUGCGGGCCGUCUGGACUACGAGAGGCCCAACCACCUGUAUGAGUUUGUGGUGAUGGCGGUGGAUAACGGGGAGGAGCCUCACUCGGGCACCGCCACCAUCCGCAUCCGCAUGGCUAACGUCAACGACCAGGCCCCAGAGUUCUCCCAGACUGUGUGAGUGAAUAUGCAGUAGACUACUGUAGACUAAAACCCCAUAACCCCCUCCCCCAACAUCAGUAGACCAUACUAUACUUUAGGAUUUCAUUAGGAUCCCCAUUAGCUGUUGCAAAAGCAGAAGCUACCCUUCCUAAAACAUGACAAAAUACAGAACAACCCCCUCCAUCAGUAGACCAGUAUAUACUGUGUUAUUGAACUACAUCCCCCUCCCCCUCCAUCAGUAGACCAGUAUAUACUGUAUUAUUGAACUACACCCCCCUCCCCUUCCAUCAGUAGACCAGUAUAUACUGUAUUAUUGAACUACAACCCCCUCUCCCUCCAUCAGUAGACCAGUAUAUACUGUAUUAUUGAACUACAACCCCCUCCCCCUCCAUCAGUAGACCAGUAUAUACUGUAUUAUUGAACUACAACCCCCUCCCCCUCCAUCAGUAGACCAGUAUAUACUGUAUUAUUGAACUACAACCCCCUCCCCCUCCAUCAGUAGACCAGUAUAUACUGUAUUAUUCAACUACAACCCCCUCUCCCUCCAUCAGUAGAACAGUAUUAUUGAACUACAACCCCCUCCCCCUCCAUCAGCAGUCCAGUUUAGCAGGAUAAUCCCUCUCCCGUCCUCCCAUUUUAGCUGCAUGGUGGUGUUCUUCUAUAAUGGUAGUAGUAGUGACAGAUUUAAAAGAUCAAUUGAUACACUUGACUAGAUGUGUUACUAAUAUACCACACAUAAUUAUACCAAACAAACAUCACACAGAUUACACCCUACCCAAUUGAGGGGUAACACCAUACAGGUAUCUUAGAAUCAAAAUGAACGAACCAUGUAUAGAGGGUGUGAAGGUGUUUUUGGAAAGCUGACCGGUAGGCGGGUGACAGUUUUGACAAUUUUUACAUCUGCUGGCUGCAUGAACUCUUCUGAGUGACUCAGGCCUUGUACUGUCAGUCAUGUGCCAGAGACCAUCGCUAGAGCUCCAGCACAUCUAAGAUGCCCUGUCAUGUCUAAGUGUUAGGUAUCAGACUGAACAGGCAGACAGGGUACGUUUUGUGUGGGCUUGUCUCCUUAGAUCAGUGAGAAAGAGAUACAUUGAGGAUAGGAGGAGUGAUACUCAGCGGAGAGAUGCCUGAGCAGUCCCGUCUGGAGGCAGGUAAAGCACCCUUUGAGCCGGGUGACAGAUUACAGGUCACUCAUGUUGCCACGGCGACUGUCACAGCUGGCGGAGAUGAAUCGCCCAUCAGCGUUCUUCUGAAAAUCAUCAAUCACCUCGGAGACACAAACAAACACAAACAAACACACACACACACACACACAGGUUAGCGUUCUGCUGACGAGUCAACUAAAACUUACUCUCUCAAGCUCUGCCUCUCCUCUUACAUUAUACUCCUGUCUAUCAUUUCUCUCUCUCUCUCUCUCUCUCUCUCUCUCUCUCUCUCUCUCUCUCUCUCUCUCUCUCUCUUCCACAUAUUACUGCCUGUGUCAUUUCACUUUCAAGCCUUUUUUCCUCCCCCUUAAGCAUGUCUUUCCCACCAACCCCCUCUCCACCCUCUCUCCCUCUCUCAAACCUCAACCAAACAAUUGAACAAGCCUCUCUACCCCACCAUCCCACUUCACCAGUCUAAUUCUCUCUUGUUCCUGGCUUGGCUAUCCCAGUUUCCAACACCACACAGCAAGCAAAUCACUGUUGUCACAGAGUGGGCUGGCUAUGUGAAAGGCACAUUUGUUCAAUGAGUUCAACAUCCCAGCAGACAUGAUCAUUUGUCUCAGAGUAGGGGUUAAAUCAAAGUGGCAGGCAAAGCCAGGCUCAUAACUCUAAUCAGGCUGCUGAUGCUUUCACUAUGUGCUUGAUACAGUCUGUACAGUACACGGUGUGUAUGUGUGUGUGUGUGUGUGUGUGUGUGUGUGUGUGUGUGUGUGUGUGUGUGUGUGUGUGUGUGUGUGUGUGUGUGUGCGUGCGUGCGUGCGUGCGUGCGUGCGUGCGUGCGUGCGUGCGUGCGUGCGUGCGUGCGUGCGUGCGUGCGUGCGUGUGUGUGUGUGUGUGUGCAUGCAUGCGUGCGUGCGUCUCCACACAAAGACAGACAUCUUUGAGAUUAUGCUAUCAACGGGACAUUAAAAACGGUAAUAUCUUUUGUUUCACCGACUUGUGGCUGAAUGACGACACAGAUAAUAUAGAGCUGGCUGGGUUUUCCGUGCAUCGGCAGGACAGAACAGCUACGUCUGGUAAGAUGAGGGGUGGGGAUGUGUGUCUAUUUGUCAAUAACAGCUGGUGGGCUAUGUCUAAUAUUAAGGAAAUCUCGAGAUAUUGCUCGCCUGAGGUAGAGUACCUCAUGAUAAGCUGUAGACCACACUAUCAACCAAGAGAGUUUUCAUCUAUAUUAUGCAUAGCUGUCUAUUUACCACCACAAACCGAUGCUGGCACUAAGACCGCAGUCAAGGCCAUAAACAAACAAGGAAAUGCUUAUCCAGAAGUGGUGCUCCUAGUGGCCGGGGACUUUAAUGCAGGCAAACUUAAAUCCGUUUUACCUCAUUUCUACCAGCAUGGCACAUGUGCAACCAGAGGGAAAAAAACUCUACAUCACCUUAACACCACACACAGAGACACAUACAAAGCUCUCCCUCACCCUCCAUUUGGCAAAUCUGAUCAUAAUUCUAUCCUCCUUCUUCCUGCUUACAAGCAAAAACUAAAGCAGGAAGUACCAGUGACUUGCUCAAUACGGAAGUGGUCAGAUGACGCGGAUGCUAAGCUACAGGACUGUUUUGCUAGCACAGACUGGAAUAUGUUUCAGGAUUCAUCCAAUGGCAUUGAGGAGUAUACCACCUCAGUCACCGGCUUCAUCAAUAAGUGCAUCGACAACAUCGUCCCCACAGUGACCGUGCAUACAUAUCCCAACCAGAAGCCAUGGAUUACAGGCAACAUCCACACCGAGCUAAAGGCUAGAGCUGCCGCUUUCAAGGAGCGGAACACUAAUCUUGAAGCUUAUAAGAAAUCCCACUAUGCCCUCAGACGAACCAUCAAACAGGCAAAUCGUCAAUACAGGACUAAGACUGGAUUCUACUACACUGGCUCGUCGGAUGUGGCAGGGCUUGCAAACUAUUACGGACUACAAAGGGAAACUCAGCUGCGAGCUGCCCAGUGACGUGAGCCUACCAGACGAGCUAAAUGCCUUUUAUGCUCGCUUCGAGGCAAGCAACACAUAAGCAUGCAUGAGAGCACCAGCUGUUCCAGACAACUGUGUGAUCACGCUCUCCAUAGCUGAUGUGAGCAAGACCUUUAAACAGGUCAACAGUGUCUUCACUGACAAUUUCAACCUCUCCCUGACCGAGUCUGUAAUACCUACAUGUUUCAAGCAGACCACUAUCUCUGUGCCCAAGAAAGUGAAGGUAACCUGCCUAAAUGACUACUGCCCCAUAGCACUCACAUCGGUAGCCAUGAAGUGCUUUGAAAGGCUGGUCAUGACUCACAUCAACACCAUCAUCCCGGAAACUCUAGACCCACUCCAAUUCCCAUACCGCCCCAACAGAUCCACUGAUUAUGCAAUGUCAAUCGCACUCCACACUGCCCUUUCCCAUCUGGACAAAAGGAACACCUAUGUGAGAAUUCAUUGACUACAGCUCAGCGUUCAAUACCAUAGUGCCCACGAAGCUCAUCACUAAGCUAAGGACCCUGGGACUAAACACCUCCCUCUGCAACUGGAUCCUGGACUUCCUGACAGGCCGCCCCCAGGUGGUAAGGGUAGGCAACAACACAUCUUCCACACUGAUCCUCAACACUGGGGCCCCUCAAGGGUGCGUGCUUAUUCCCCUCCUAUACACCCUGUUCACACAUGACUGUGUGGCCAAAAACGUCUCCAACACCAUCAUUAAGUUUGCUGACGACACAACAGUUGUAGGCCUGAUCACCGACAAUGAUGAGACAGCCUGUAGGGAGGAGGUCAGAGACCUGACAGUGUGGUGCCAGGACAACAACCUCUCCCUCAAUGCCAGCAAGACAAAGGAGCUGAUUGUGGACUACAGGAAAAGGAGGGCCGAACAGGCCCCCAUUAACAUAGACGGGGCUGUAGUGGAGCGGGUCGAGAGUUUCAAGUUCCUUGGUGUCCACAUCACCAACAAACUAUCAUGGUCCAAACACACCAAGACAGUCGUGAAGAGGGCACGACGAUAUCUUUUCCCCCUCAGGAGACUGAAAAGAUUUGGCAUGGGUCCCCAGAUCCUCAAAACGUUCUACAGCUGCACCAUCGAGAGCAUCCUGACCAGUUGCAUCACCGCCUGGUAUGGCAACUGCUCGGCAUCCGACCGACCGUAAGGCGCUACAGAGUGUAGUGCGUAUCGCCCAGUACAUCACUGGGGCCAAGCUUCCUGCCAUCCAGGACCUACAGUGAGGGAAAAAAGUAUUUGACCCCUCUGCAAAACAUGACUUAGUACUUGGUGGCAAAACCCUUGUUGGCAAUCACAGAGGUCAGACGUUUCUUGUAGUUGGCCACCAGGUUUGCACACAUCUCAGGAGGGAUUUUGUCCCACUCCUCUUUGCAGAUCUUCUCCAAGUCAUUAAGGUUUCGAGGCUGACGUUUGGCAACUCGAACCUUCAGCUCCCUCCACCAAUUUUCUAUGGGAUUAAGGUCUGGAGACUGGCUAGGCCACUCCAGGACCUUAAUGUGCUUCUUCUUGAGCCACUCCUUUGUUGCCUUGGCCGUGUGUUUUGGGUCAUUGUCAUGCUGGAAUACCCAUCCACGACCCAUUUUCAAUGCCCGGCUGAGGGAAGGAGGUUCUCACCCAAGAUUUGACAGUACAUUUCUCCGUCCAUCAUCCCUUUGAUGCGGUGAAGUUGUCCUGUCCCCUUAGCAGAAAAACACCCCCAAAGCAUAAUGUUUCCACCUCCAUGUUUGACGGUGGGGAUGGUGUUCUUGGGGUCAUAGGCAGCAUUCCUCCUCCUCCAAACACGGCGAGUUGAGUUGAUGCCAAAGAGCUCGAUUUUGGUCUCAUCUGACCACAACACUUUCACCCAGUUCUCCUCUGAAUCAUUCAGAUGUUCAUUGUCAAACUUCAGACGGGCCUGUAUGUGCUUUCUUGAGCAGGGGGACCUUGUGGGCGCUGCAGGAUUUCAGUCCUUCACGGCGUAGUGUGUUACCUAUUGUUUUCUUGGUGAGUAUGGUCCCAGCUUCCUUGAGAUCAUUGACAAGAUCCCCCCGUGUAGUUCUGGGCUGAUUCCACACCGUUCUCAUGAUCAUUGCAACUCCACGAGGUGAGAUCUUGCAUGGAGCCCCAGGCCGAGGGAGAUUGACAGUUAUUUUGUGUUUCUUCCAUUUGCGAAUAAUCGUACCAACUGUUGUCACCUUCUCACCAAGCUGCUUGGCGAUGGUCUUGUAGCCCAUUCCAGCCUUGUGUAGGUCUACAAUCUUGUCCGACAUCCUCGGAGAGCUCUUUGGUCUUGGCCAUGGUGGAGAGUUUGGAAUCUGAUUGAUUGAUUGCUUCUGUGGACAGGUGUCUUUUAUACAGGUAACAAACUGAGAUUAGGAGCACUCCCUUUAAGAGUGUGCUCCUAAUCUCAGCUCGUUACCUGUAUAAAAGACACCUGGGAGCCAGAAAUCUUUUUGAUUGAGAGGGGGUCAAAUAUUUAUUUCCCUCAUUAAAAUGCAAAUCAAUUUAUAACAUUUUUGACAUGCGUUUUUCUGGAUUUUUUUGUUGUUAUUCUGUCUCUCACUGUUCAAAUAAACCUACCAUUAAAAUUAUAGACUGAUAAUUUCUUUGUCAGUGGGCAAAUGUACAAAAUCAGCAGGGGAUCAAAUACUUUUUUCCCUCACUGUAUAUACUAGGCAGUGUCAGAGGAAGGCCCAAAAAACUGUCAAAGACUCCAGUCACCUAAGUCAUAGACUGUUCUCUCUGCUACUGCACGGCAAGCGGUACCGGAGCGCCAAGUCUAGGUCCAAAAGGCUCCUUAGCAGCUUCUAUCCCCAAGCCAUAAAACUGCUGAACAAUUAAUCAAAUGGCUACCCGUACUAUUUACAUUGACCCCCCCCCCCCCCCCCCCCCCCCCCCUUUGUUUUUACACUGCUGCUACUCGCUGUUUAUUAUCAAUGCAUAGUCACUUUACCCCUACCUACAUGUACAAAUAACCUCGACUAUACUGUACCCCCGCACAUUGACUCGGUACCGGUACCCCCUGUAUAUAGCCUCGUGAUUGUUAUUAUAUUUUGUGACUUUUUAUUUUACUUUUUACUUUAGUUUAUUUUGUAAAUAUUUUCUCAACUCUAUUUCUUGAACUGCAUUGUUGGUUAAGGGUCUACACCUGUUAAAUCGGCGCAUGUGACAAAUAACAUUUGAUUUGAUGUGUGUGUGUGUGUGUGUGUGUGUGUUAAUGCCUGUGUGCUUAUGUCUGUAUUGUUGUUGUACAGAUAAUUAUUUUCUCCUAUCCUUCCCAGCUAUCGGACCUUUGUCUCCGAGGACGCUGGCCCAAACACACUCGUUGCCACAGUACUGGCUAAGGACCCGGAUGGUGAUGGAAUAGUGUACUCAAUUACAGCUGGCAACGAGGAGGGCAACUUUGUCAUCGACAGCCAGAAAGGUGACUUUUAUUUUGUUAUUUUAUAAUUUCCGUUUUUUUGUUGUCCUUGGGCUUUCAUAGCAAUCCUAAUAUACAGGUAUAAUUUUAGCCCAUACGUGUCCUCGCUUAUUAACAGAAUAAGCCCCAUGCUGUUUGUGGAAUGCUUUGUACUUAUUUUAUGCUAUGUCAAUACUUUUGACACCAAAGGUUGAUGAAAAUGCAGCAAUUUCAAUAGAAGCACAGUCUGCUUGUUAUUGAAGUCAUAAAUACAAAGAACUACAUUACUGUAUAUCCAGGGCUUUUCAUUUGUUCCCCCAACAUCUACUGAACAAAAAUAUAAAUGCAACAUCUAAAGUGUUGCUCCUAUGUUUCAUGAGCUGAAAUAAAAGAUCACACACAUUUUCCAUACGCACAAAAAGCCUAUUUCUUUCAAAUGUUGUGCACAAAUUUGUUUACAUCCCUGUUAGUGAGCAUUUCUCCUUUGCCAAGAUAAUCCAUCAACCUGACAGGUGUGGCAUAUCAAGAAGCUGAUUAAAAAGCAUGAUCAUUACAUAGGUGCACCUUGUGCUGGGGACAAUAAAAGGCCACUCUGAAAUGUGCCGUUUUGUCACACAACACAAUGCCACAGAUGUCUCAAGUUAAGGGAGCGUGCAAUUGGCAUGCUGACUGCAGGAAUGUCCACCAGAGCUGUUGCCAGAUAAUGCCAAUGUCAUUUUAGAGAAUUUUGCAGGACGUCCAACUGGCCUCAAAACCGCAGACCAUGUGUAACCACGCCAGCCCAGGACCUCCACAUCCGGCUUCUCCACCUGCAGGAUCGUCUGAGACCAGCCACCCGGACAGCUGAUGAAACUGUGGGUUUACACAACCAAAUAAUUUCUGCACAACUCUCAGAAACCGUCUCAUGGAAGCUCAUCUGCGGGCUCAUUGUCGUCACCAGGGUUUUCAGCUGACUGCAGUUCGGAGUCGUAACCGACUUCAGUGGGCAAAUGCUCACCUUCGAUGGCUACUGGCAUGCUGGAGAAGUGUGCUCUUCACAGAUUAAUCCUGGUUUCAACUGUACGGGGCAGAUGGCAGACAUGUAUGGCGUCGUGUGGGCGACCGGUUUGCUGAUGUCAACAUUGUGAACAGAAUGCCCAAUGUUGGCGGUGGGGUUAUGGUAUGGGCAGGUAUAAGCUACGGACAACGAACACAAUUGCAUUUUAUCGAUGGCAAUUUGAAUGCACAGAGAUACCGUGAAGUGAUCCUGUGGCCCUUUGUGGUGCCAUUCAUUCGCUGCCAUCACCUAAUGUUUCAGUAUGGUAAUGUAGGGCCCCAUGUUUGGGAUGCUCUGGAUUGACGCGUGCGACAGCAUGUUCCAGUUCCUGCCAAUAUCCAGCAACUUCGCACAGCCAUUGAAGAGGUGUGGGACAAUAUUCCACAGGCCAAAAUCAACAGCCUGAUAAACUCUAUGCAAAGGAGAUGUGUCGCGCUGCAUGAGGCAAAUCGUGGUCACACCAGAUACUGACUGGUUUUCUGAUCCACGCCCCUACCUUUUUAUUUAAAGUAUCUGUGACCGACAGACCACAGGAGAUUGGUGGCACCUUAAUUGGGGAGAAUGGGCUUGUGGUAAUGGCUGGAGCGGAAUUGGUGGAAUGGUAUCAAAUAAAUCAAAAACAUGGUUUCCAUGUGUUUGAUGCCAUUCCAUUCGCUCUGUUCCGGCCAUUAUUAUGAUCCAUUCUCCCCUCAGCAGCCUCCACUGCGACAGACGCAUAUCUGUAUUCCUUAUAUGAACUGUAACUCAGUAAAAUCUUUGAAAUUGUUACAUGUACGGCCCAGUACAUCACUGGGGCCAAGCUUCCUGCCAUCCAGGACCUAUAUACUAGGCUGUGUCAGAGGAGGGCCCAAAAAAUGGUCAAAGACUCCAUUCACCCAAGUCAUAGACUGUUCUCCCUGUUACACUGCUGCUACUCGCUGUUUAUUAUCUAUGAAUAGUCACUUUACCCCUACCUACAUAUACAAAUUACCUCGACCAACCUGUAUCCCCGCAUAUUGACUCAGUACCGGUACCCCCUGAAUAUAGCCUCGUUAUUGUAAUUUUAUUGUGUUACUUAUUUUUAUUAUUUUUAUUUUUGUUUAGUUUAUUUUGUAAAUAUUUUCUUAACUCUAUUUCUUGAACUGCAUUGUUGGUUAAGGGCUCGUAAGUAAGCAUUUCACGGUAAGGUCUACACAUGUUGUAUUCAGUGCAUGUGACAAAUAAAAUGUGAUUUGAUUUGAUGUUGCGUUUAUAUUUUUGUUCAGUGUCGUUUAUUCUCUCAUAUAGAAAAAUCGUUCUCUGCUGAGUACUCUGUAUUUUGUGGCUGUGCAAUCUGUCAUUCUUUAUUCACCCUCUGAUCCGUAACCAGCAGGACAUUUGUCAGACUAGGUGACAUUUGUCAACCAACCUUUUCAAUUCAAUUUCACAUCAGUUGCUCUAUCAUAGCUCACAAUCUACAGCUUCUACACUGCCAGCCCCCAACUUGGAGUGUACUCCUCUUUUCUCCUCUCCUCUGUCCUCCCUUUCUCAUGGAUCUUAAAGAUAAGGCAAAGGGCAGGCUGCUGUAGGUUAAUAUGAGAACAGAUAGCCAGGGAGUCACCACAGUUGUGUCUUAUUGAAAUGAUGCAUUCUGUUAUUUCAAGGAAGUGCUAAAUAAGGUAGACCAGAAUAUCAAGGUGAGUCUUUUCUGCUGUUGUUUUUCAUCUUUUUUUGUUUGUUGUAUUUAUAACAGCUUUUUGGUGGAAAUGUGUUAUUUGUCCAAAAACCACAACAUACAGUGGGGGAAAAAAGUAUUUAGUCAGCCACCAAUUGCGCAAGUUCUCCCACUUAAAAAGAUGACAGAGGCCUGUAAUUUUCAUCAUAGGUACACGUCAACUAUGACAGACAAAUUGAGGAAAAAAAAUCCAGAAAAUCACAUUGUAGGAUUUUUAAUGAAUUUAUUUGCAAAUUAUGGUGGAAAAUAAGUAUUUGGUCACCUACAAACAAGCAAGAUUUCUGGCUCUCACAGACCUGUAACUUCCUCUUUAAGAGGCUCCUCUGUCCUCCACUCGUUACCUGUAUUAAUGGCACCUGUUUGAACUUGUUAUCAGUAUAAAAUACAUCUGUCCACAACCUCAAACAGUCACACUCCAAACUCCACUAUGGCCAAGACCAAAGAGCUGUCAAAGGACACCAGAAACAAAAUUGUAGACCUGCACCAGGCUAGGAAGACUGAAUCUGCAAUAGGUAAGCAGCUUGGUUUGAAGAAAUCAACUGUGGGAGCAAUUAUUAGGAAAUGGAAGACAUACAAGACCACUGAUAAUCUCCCUCGAUCUGGGGCUCCACGCAAGAUCUCACCCCGUGGGGUCAAAAUUAUCACAAGAACGGUGAGCAAAAAUCCCAGAACCACACGGGGGGACCUAGUGAAUGACCUGCAGAGAGCUGGGACCAAAGUAACAAAGCCUACCAUCAGUAACACACUACGCCGCCAGGGACUCAAAUCCUGCAGUGCCAGAUGUGUCCCCCUGCUUAAGCCAGUACAUGUCCAGGCCCGUCUGAAGUUUGCUAGAGUGCAUUUGGAUAAUCCAGAAGAGGAUUGGGAGAAUGUCAUAUGGUCAGAUGAAACCAAAAUAUAACUUUUUGGUAAAAACUCAACUCGUCGUGUUUGGAGGACGUAGAAUGCUGAGUUGCAUCCAAAGAACACCAUACCUACUGUGAAGCAUGGGGGUGGAAACAUCAUGCUUUGGGGCUGUUUUUCUGCAAAGGGACCAGGACGACUGAUCCGUGUAAAGGAAAGAAUGAAUGGGGCCAUGUAUCGUGAGAUUUUGAGUGAAAACCUCCUUCCAUCAGCAAGGGCAUUGAAGAUGAAACGUGGCUGGGUCUUUCAGCAUGACAAUGAUCCCAAACACACCGCUCGGGCAACGAAGGACUGGCUUCGUAAGAAGCAUUUCAAGGUCCUGGAGUGGCCUAGCCAGUCUCCAGAUCUCAACCCCAUAGAAAAUCUUUGGAGGGAGUUGAAAGUCCGUGUUGCCCAGCGACAGCCCCAAAACAUCACUGCUCUAGAGGAGAUCUGCAUGGAGGAAUGGGCCAAAAUACCAGCAACAGUGUGUGAAAACCUUGUGAAGACUUACAGAAAACGUUUGACCUGUGUCAUUGCCAACAAAGGGUAUAUAACAAAGUAUUGAGAAACUUUUGUUAUUGACCAAAUACUUAUUUUCCACCAUAAUUUGCAAAUAAAUUCAUAAAAAAUCCUACAAUGUGAUUUUCUGGAUUUUUUUCCUCAUUUUGUCUGUCAUAGUUGACGUGUACCUAUGAUGAAAAUUAUAGGCCUCUCUCAUCUUUUUAAGUGGGAGAACUUGCACAAUUGGUGGCUGACUAAAUACAUUUUUUCCCCACUGUACAGUAUGACUAAAACAACAUGAGACCUGGGAAAUAUGUUAUAUCAUUAAUAGUUUUGUGUCUAGACAUUUUCGAUUAACAUGCAUUGUCUGUAUAAGCAGAGACCUCCUUCUCCACAGACAAUGAGAGAGAAAUAAGUAGGCUACAGUCAGAACGAGUGGAGUGAGAGAACACCGGCCCCAUUUGGGUGCAUGCUUGUUGUCUUUAAUCAGGAGGAGCAGUGAGAGAUGAGUGAUACCACAACAAGAGCAAAAAGUCCUGUGCUCUCUCUCUCUCGCUCUCUCCCGCUCUCUCUCUUUCUCUCUCUCUCUCUUGCGCUCUGUCUCUCUCUUUUACAUCAAUGAGCUUUCCCCAGAUCACAAGUAGCUCAUCCUGCACCCAUUGAUGUUGGUGUUGACAGAGAGAACAGUUGACUCAGAUGCUGUUCUCCUUUCAACUGUUAUUUUAUCCUUCCUGUUAUGCAAAAGCAAGACAAGGGGAGAAGAAUCAAAUGUGCAUGCGUGCAGCCUGGUUUCUAUCCUUGGGAAGGAGAACCUUUUCUCAGCUGACCUGGGUGACAGUACAGUUGGUGGCAUUCAAUGUACCUGGCUGCAGCAAAACUAAAAACUAACUUUUUAAUGCCCCCAACAGUAGGUGGGGGUCCUUUGCUAAGGUUGUAAUGGUACUCUGGUCUCUCAUCGUUUUAGGGUUGAUCCGGCUGCGCUCCACCCCCCCUCCCAAGCUCCAGGGCCUGGAGUACGUCCUCAAUGUAACGGCUACAGACAACAACGCCUCCGGGGGGUGGCGGGACCACACACCACUCUCUUACAACCGCCGCGGUCUCCUGAUAGUUGGGACGUGUAGGAGGGAUCGCGGGAGGGUGGGGAGGGAAGAAUAGGAAAAAAAAAAAAAAAAAGAGUGGGCCAGAAGUUGUGGGGGAGAUGAAAAAAAGGUCGGAGGGAAAAAAGAAUUGUUGGGGGGUAUUACGUGGGGAUGGGUGUUGUGUGUGUAUUUUGUGGAGAGAUCCUUUUAUACACAGUUAUAGACAACAGUGAGUUACAGUAACAUAGUAGUGGUUAAAAAAAAAAAAAAGAAAAAAAAAAAACGGUCUUCUAGGGAGCCUUUUUAAGUCUGCUCUGUCUGUCUGUCUGUCGUUCUGUCUGUCUGUCUGGUCUGUCUGUCUGUCUGUUAUCUCUCUCUUCUAUGCUUCUCUCUCUCUCUCGCUCUCUAUCAUGUCUCUCUCUCUAUCUCUCUCUCUCUAUCCUCUGAGUAUCUAUUUCUCUUAUCUCUCCUCUCUCUCUCUCGCCUCUGUCUCUCUGUACCACUUCCACCUUUUUCUUGUCUCCUAAGUCUACCCUUAUGUUUCCCCCACCGCAGAGGAGCUUCUGGAUUAGUGUUUUGUCAGCCUGCCACCUAAUGCUGAAUUUAGAGUUCCCGUCCACAGGGAUGUUUCUAGGCUGAGUUUGUCGUUCUACCUGCCUCUAUAGGGCACCCGGCCUGAAGUACCCGACGUGCUCCGCACGUUUCGGGGUUGUACUCCGAACUUCGCUGAGCUACGAUUGCCAGUCCCGUAUGCAACUUUCACCAGAGAACUGGGUGCCCGACGUGUUUACCGCGUCGAAUGUCGAGAAUCGUACGGAGGGUCCUUACCACGGUGGGCGUAAUCGGGACUCUGUCCACCCAUCCCUUGAGAUCGCAUGCGUCGCCAGUCCCGUAGUUUUGUGCUCCAGCACCUCCGCGAAGGCGACUCGGUGACUGAUGGCCAUCUCAUUCGGGACGCUGUCGGAGUUUGGGACGUACCCCCCACUCCUUUGUGCUAUGGUCUUCAUUCGGCUAUUGCGCUUGGGUCGUUAUGUUGCCCUAGUGUCUGUCCGAUGUCUGGCGGCUGGGGUAUGUUUGGCGGUGGUCGCAGCCCCCGAUCCACCCAUGUAAUUUUAUUGCUUUAGGGCGUUCCACAGGGAUUUGAAUUAGAUAUUAUAUUAAUUGAUGAAAAAAAAAAAAAAAAAAAAAAGUGAUUGAAUUGAAAAAAAGAGAGAGGUGACCAGUACUGUUUGAGAUAAAAAGGACUAUGGAAGGGGUCGAUUUUUGAAGGUAAACAGAGGAAAUAGUAAAAAGUAGAAAAAAAGGAAGGUGUGUUUAUAAUAUGAUGAUAAUGCCUUGAAAAAUAGUUUAAUUAUUAAAAAAGUACUGUAUCAUCAUGAUUUAUAUCUAUUAUAGUUUGUUGGUCUGGUUCAAAAUGAUGAAGACCUCACGUAGAUUAGGGGUCUAUGAGACGUGGUUACGAGUGUUCAUUAAAAUCCAUGAAUGAGUAUUGCGGGUCCAGCGGAUGGCUUGGAGUGGAUAGGUUUUUCGAGUUGAUAUUUUAAGGUUGAGUCGGUAGACUUGUGGUUGAUAGGAUCGGUGGAGUAUUGUCUAAAUAGUGAUAGUUCAUUGCCUGAAUGAAUGAGAUAUCAUGAAAAUGAGGAAUUGUUCUGCUCCUGAAUGUUGUAAAUGAAACUGAGAUACCCAGGAGCCAGGGCCCUGACUUGAGCCUGAUGUUGAAAGAAUGACAUUCUAUAUUUUUAUGAUUCAUAUUUUAAGACUUGAUAUUGAGAGCGGGAGAAGAGGUAGAGGCAUAAGGGGGGAAGGAUCGGGUGGGGAGGAGGGCUAGAAGAGAAGAAGCAAAGAGAAAGAGGAAAGAGAAGAAAAGAGAGAGAGGGGGGAGAGAGUAGGCACCCACGUCAGGACGAUGAGAGAGAUGCAGAGCAUGAGCCAGUGCGUAGCUGUGCGAAGAUCUACACCCCCUUGGUUCAACUGAUCGUUCAAGUAAUAGACCCUGAUAGUGGGGAUUCUCUUGACAGGUGAAAGGUGAGGGUGUAUUGCGACGACUGAGAGGGGCGGCUAGUCACCAUAGCCUGAGGGUACUGAGAGGAAGAGGUUAGGUGGACGAUAGAGAGGGAGGCGAGAGCCAGAGAGUAGAGAGAGUAGAGAGCGAGAGCGAAUGAGUGAAAAGGUAGAAGAAAGCAGGGGAAAGAGAGUGAGGGAGAGAGAAAGGGGAAGAGAAAGGCAGAAAAAAGAGGAGAGGCGCAGAGAGAAGAAAAAAGAAGAGAAAGUAGGGUAGAAGAGAGAGGGAGAGAGAAAGGAGAGAAUACGAGAAGAGAAGAAGAGAGAGAGGAAAGAAAAGAGAAGAAGGAAACGAGGGACAAGGAGAGAGAGGGAGGGGGAAGAGAGAGAGGGGGGAAAAGGGGAAAAGAGGGAGGAGAGGAGUAGAAAAAAGAAGAGGAAAAAAGCAGGAGAGGAAGAGAGUGAGUGGAAGAGAGAGGGAGAGAGAAAGAGAUAGAGUAUAACGCGAGAGAGAGAUAGAGGACGAGAGCAUCAGGAGUAGAGGAGAAGAGAGAAAAAGAGGAGAAGGAAAUGAUGGAAAUGGAGAGCGAGGAGGGAUAUAGAGGAGAGAGGCGGAUAGAGGUCGAGCUAGAUAUGCUCUCAUCUCUAUCGUACUAUCUUCUCUCUAUAGAUCUGCUCUAUUGCGAGUCCUAUGAAAGCAGCACCUCCCACUUAGAUAUCACGGAGGGCACGACCUAUUUCUCUCUCUAUAUAUCUCUAUAUAUAGCUGAUCUGUGGUUGGGUGCGUCAGGGGGGGUGCUUUUGUUGCUUUUUUUAUUAUUGCAAUGUGCAAUGGGAACUAUGGGCCAAUACCGGUACUUGAGGAGUAUGUAAUUGGUAUGUGUUGUUGUUUUAAUAUUAAACAGAGUUCUCUGGGGGCAGACUCAUUCUGGGGGGCAGACUCAACUCCAUAUUGAGGAUAACAGACUCAUGUAGGUGAUUUAAGUAGAUAGGACAGAGUAGAUGGAUACCAGGGGAAAGACUAGGGGUCAGUAGUGAGCGGUGUUUUGCACGUUGAUUCGGAGGGAGAUUUGGGGGGAUUUGGAGGGGGAGGGAGGAGGGGGAGGGGUGUGGAUCGGCGUGGGGGAUCCCGUUUGUGAGGUGCUGAGCAUGGAAAGGUUGAAAUGGUUCGGGUGAGUGUGAGGGCGGAUUUGUUGAAAUGCUUGAUUGAGGUUGAGGGGUUUUUUUUGUUGAUUUUGAUGCGCGGUGUGUGGUUGAGUUUGGACCCUUCAACAAAGCAAUACCAUUGAUUGGUUUUUCUGUCUCAGAUAACGUGUAAUUGUGUACUGUACAAAUGUAGAAAUAGAGUAAAUUGAGUAGUUACAGUGAAUAACACUUAUUUCUGAAUUAUCUUCUUGAUUUUAAUAUAGUAUCUGAUAUAGCAAUAGAUCUAAGAUAUAAUAUAUAUAUAUAUAGAUUAUAUCGUAGUAUAUAUAAUAUAUAUUUAUAUCAUAUAUAUAUAUAUAUAGAUAAUCAUAAUAGCGAGAGAGAGUAGAGAGCGAGAGAAGAGGAAAGGGAAGGGGUAGAAGAGAGAGAGACAAGAGAGGAGAUGAAAUAUGGAGAGAUAGAGAUAGCGAAGAUAGAUAUAGAUCUAUAGAUAUAGAGACAAAACAAUAGACAAUGUAGAUAAAAAUUGAAAGGAGAGGGAAGAAGAGAAAGGGGAGAACGAGAAAAAGAGAGAGCGAGCGAUAGAUCAAAAAAUAUAUAUAAAUAUGAAAUAUAUAUUUAUAUAGAAAGCUAGAGAUCGGAUAGAUCAGUAUAGAAACAAUAUCGAGGCAUAAAUAUUGAACUCUCUCUGAUUUCUUUAGCUAUCUAUACUAUCUAUCUCUAUCUAUCUCGCACAACAUAUACUAUCAGUCCUCGGCUCUCUCUCUUUCUCUCUCCCUCGCCCUCUCUCACUCUCUCUCUCUCUCUCUCUCUCUGCUCUCUCUCUCUCUCUACUCUCUCGCCCCUCUCUCUCCCUCUGCACUCUCUCUCUGUCUUCUCUCUCGUCAUCUCUCUCUCUCUAUCUAUCUCUCUCUCUCCUCUCCUCUCCUCUCUUUCUCUCUCUCUCUCUAUCUCUAUCUCUCUCCUCUCGCCCACUCUCUCUCUCAUCUCUAUCUCUCUCUCUCUCUUAUGUGGUGCGUCAGGGGGUGAUUUUUUGUUUGGGUGCUUUUCUUUUUGCACUGUUGGUUUUAAGGGGGGGUGUGGUUUAGUUUAGGCAAUGUAACUUUAUUGGGCCAUAAAAAUAUGCCAAUGAAUACGUGGUACUCUGAGAAGAGCGUAUUGUGAGAGAGAGUAUUUUACGUGUAUUGUUGUGUUAAUUAAGACAAGCUUUCUCUCGGGGGCCAGAGUCAUUGAGGGAGUACUUAAAGUAGCAAGAUUAGGAAGAUAGGAGCAGUACGAUAUAGAUAGUGAGAUAACAGGAAGACGGGGUGAGCAUGGUUUUUUUUUUUUUGCAAGGAAAGGGUGCACAGGUGUGAGCGGUUGCCAAAUUGCUGCAAUGUGAGUUGAGGUUUGAGCGUGGUGGACCUUCAAACAAAGCAAUACCAUUGCUUGUUUCUGUCCUAUCACGUGUUACUGUACAAUGUAGACCAUUAGAGGACAUGAGUAGUUUAAAACCUUAUUUUAUGAAUUAUCUCUUGCCUCUCUCUCGCUCUCUCUCUCGACUAUAUCAUAGCUAUCUCUCUCUCUCUCUCGCUAUAUUCAGUCGCAGCGAUAUAUCAUUUAUCUGUCUCUAUCGCUCGCUCCUCUCUUCGAUCUCCUGAUCCUCUAUCUCUAUAUCUCUCCGGCUCUCUAUACUCUCGCUCUUCUCUCUCGCUCUCUCUCGCUCUCUCUCUCUCACACACACACACACAUCCUUCCUCUCUCAGUGUCAGCAGUACAGGGAGCAGGCGUCCGUGUUGGAGAACCAACCCACAGGGACCUUUGUACUGCAAGUGCACGCGGUGGAUGCAGAUGAGGGGGCCAAUGGGAAGGUCAAGUACGGCCUGAUGCACAGAGACAGCACCAUACCUGCCUUCAGAGUCCACCCUGACACAGGUAGGUACAGUCAGCAAGGAUCCCACAAUCCAGUUAGCCGUGGUGGUACUUGUUGAGUUAGCCACAGCCGUAGCCAUAGCCAUAGACCCAUAGUCACAGCCCCAUAGACAUAGCCGUAGCCAUAGACCCAUAGUCACAGAGCCCCAUAGACAUAGCCGUAGCCAUAGACCCAUAGUCACAGCCCCAUAGACAUAGCCGUAGACCCAUAGUCACAGCCCCAUAGACAUAGCCGUAGCCAUAGACCCAUAGUCACAGCCCCAUACCCCAUAGACAUAGCCGUAGCCAUAGACCCAUAGUCACAGCCCCAUAGACAUAGCUGUAGCCACAGACCCAUAGUCACAGCCCCAUAGACAGAGCCGUAGCCAUAGACCCAUAGUCACAGCCCCAUAAACAUAGCCGUAGCCAUAGACCCAUAGUCACAGCCCCAUAGACAUAGCUGUAGCCAUAGACCCAUAGUCACAGCCCCAUAGACAUAGCCGUAGCCAUAGACCCAUAGUCACAGCGCCAUAGACAGAGCCGUAGCCAUAGCCAAGCAGGAUGUGAGCAUAUAGGGAUUACAACAUAGCAGCUGAAACUGACCGAAAGAAAAAAAGGGGUAAACAUGUAGCUGAAUCUACAAUUCCCAUGCAGUCUUCAUACUCUUAAUAAAAAAAAGAAUAAUGCUAGUGCCCGAUUAAUGACCUCUUAUACCUGUCCAAUAAUCCAAAGAGCCCCAUUGAAAUGAAGUGUUACACCUCAUACUUAACCUUUAUUUAUGUCCUAUCCAUCACAUUUUGCAGUAUAACAAUAUACUGUAUUAAUCAUAAAUGGUUUCAGGAUAAAUAGAACAAUAUGUUAAUCAAUAAUGACAUGACAAAUAGAGCUAUUAUAUUAACGAGCCACUCUAACGCUGAGUCGUGACUACAACCUUGAGUUUUUCCUGACCACAUGAGCUGACCAGGAAAAAAAAAAACUUAAGGACUGAAAUGAUAGGCUCAAACUAGGGCCCUGAAUUUUUUCUCAAUUUCAUGGUCACAUAAAGUAGUUACCUCAAGGAGUCUAGUCAUGACCUUUGGCCUCUGACCUCUGGAUGUUUCAGGUGUGAUCAUGACAGCGCGGCGGUUUGACCGGGAGCGUCAGAGAGAGUACUCUAUCACGGUGACGGCUACAGACUGGGCUGAGGAGCCCCUUAUAGGGAUCUGUCAGCUCAACGUCCUCAUCCUGGACCAGAACGACAACAGCCCCAAGUUUGAGAACCUGUGCUACGAGUGUGAGUGUCGUAUUAUACAUAUAAUAAUACAUAAUAUGAUAAUAAUAUAAUAUUAAUAAUACGUAUGAUUGAUUGCAGACUAACCAUUCAUUAUAAUGGUAUAGACUAUUAACCAAAGCUAUUCAAAAAGGGUUUAUGUACUAUGCGUUAUGCAUAGUUCCUUUUUACUUUAUUCUCUGGUGCAAGUUUUCAUCAUAAUCCAUCAUGUUGCCAUUAUGUUUUUAAAUGUAUUGCCAUACAUAAAGAUGUAAACAUACAUAAACACACGUAAGCAUGUAAACAAUUGAUUUGUGGUCUACUGAUUCAGCCUGUGACAGACCGUGACCUUGCUCCAGGGUGUUGAGCAUAUAGUUUUGUCUGGAUUGUCUCUCACAGACUUUCUAAGAGAGGACACCAUGAUCGGCACCAGUUUCCUGCGUGUGGCGGCACAUGACGACGACUUUGGUAUCAACGCUGCCGUCACCUACUCCAUGUCCCAGGAGCAGCCUGAGUACCUGAGGGUCAACCCUGUUACCGGCUGGGUGUACGUCAACCAGCCCAUAUCACAGGUCAGUCAACCAGACGUCAACCAUUCAGUCAACCAGCCCAUAUCACAAGUCAGUCUAUCAUCAGUCAACAAGCCCUUAUCACAUGUCAGUCAACCAGUCAGUCAACCAGCCCAUAUCACAGGUCAGUCGUCCAGCCAGUCAACCAGUCAGUCAACCAGCCCAUAUCACAGGUCAGUCGUCCAGCCAGUCAACCAGUCAGUCAACCAGCAUCUUGCUCAAGCACGGUAUAAUUGAUCAGUGCAGGGUGAUACAGCUAUAUAGCAGUAUAAAAUACAGUGUCAUAAACUUACUGGACCAUAUCAGGCUUAAUGAACUGAAUGAACCCUAUCAGACAGAAUCGUAUUUCCUUGCUAUUGUUUUGACUUCAGAGGUCCUACAUCACCCGGGAGAUUGUGGCCAUGGACGGGGGGAACCGCAGCACAUCUGUGGAGCUUUCUGUGACCAUUACCAACGUGAAGAACCAGCCCCCGCAGUGGGAAAAGGACAGCUACAGCGUGGUUAUCCCAGAGAACACUGCCAGGGAUACCCCCAUUGUGGUGCGUGGAACAGUCCGUGUACCAGCCUUGGUGGCAUGGGAAGCCUAUCCCAUUGCAUUUUCGGUUGAAUGCUCUGAUUUAAUCAAUAAGCGCUAAUUGACUUGACAAUGAGUGCUAAUUGUUGCUCCUCAACCAAAUUACCUCAGUAUUAUACAGGAAAUCCCAUUUUAUGUUUUUGUCAUAAUUACCCCCCCAAAAAGAUUGUUUGCUUUCUGUUUUUGUCAGACGAUCAAAGCAACCUCGUUGCUAGGCGACCCCAGGGUGACCUAUAACCUGGAGGAGGGUGUGGUCCCGGAGACUAACAUGCCCGUGCGCUUCUACCUGUCACCCAAUCGCGAGGAUGGCUCUGCCUCCAUCCUGGUGUCGGAGCCGCUGGACUAUGAGACCACGCCCAGUUUCUCCCUGAGGGUGCGGGCUCAGAACUUAGCGGCGGUACCACUGGCUGCAUUCACCACCGUCUAUGUCAACGUCACAGGUAGGUCUCAACUCAGACACACAUCAACCCAUCACUAGGGGGCAAAUCCUAACUUCCACUUAACGUCAAUGUUUUUACUUAGUCAUGCAUUGAUGUCACUGGGAGACUAAGUGAAAAUGUCACUUAAGAGGAAGUUAAAGCCGCCCCUGGGUGAACUGUAAGCAUUCAUUAUUGUCUUCUGUUGACAUUGAUCCAUGACUCAUACGUUGUUGUUUUUUCUCAGCUAUAAUUAUAUAAUAUUAUAACAAAAUGUGGAAUAAGUCAAGGGGUAUACAUAAUUUCUGAAGACACUGUAAAUCAUAUUGAAAUUUAAUGUUCAGUCAAUUGAGUUCUAUUUGUAGGAUACACUGUCUGUAAUUGUUGCCUCAAUAUAUUACAUGAUGUGUAACAACGUCCGCAAUGAUAUGCCAAAUGAAUCUGUGAUUAAGUGCAUUAUUAUUGGGUAAGCGUUAGAAUAAGCCACCUCAAUAAUUGCAGCCAUUAGGUGAUAAUAUCUCUCUAGGAGCUGAUCAGUCAUCAAUAUUGUGAAAUAAUUAUAAUGUUCAGGUAAGAUUUGAAUGGAGAAAGCUGAUCAGAGAGCAGCGCCGCCUUUCUUUCGAUCCUAUCAGUAUCGGCACAUGCUCUUUCUGUGUCGUGUUUUGGGAAACGCAUGUUACAUCUUCAGCCUUUGUAGGAAAUAUGCAUUGUUAAAACACUGAUAAGCCUAAAUUCCAUCGCUAUCGGGAAACCGGGCCCUGAUAACUUUACGGGUAUAUCCAAACAUUUAGGGGCACAGAAAGAAAGGAAACGUGAUAGCUUCUUCAGGAGAUCAAUGAUCAUAGCAAUGAAUGAAUAACAGAUGUCUUGCAUGUCGUUAUCACAACCUGAUGUUUUUAAAGAGACAGUGUACAAGCUUUUACACAAUGUAGAAACCUAAUAUUCCACAAAAUGACUUUGUAAUUUCAAUUACAGGUAUUCGUACAGUAUCAACAUUUUAGCUAUUUUAAUAAACUAAUGUAUUUAAAGUGUUACAUAUAGUUUCUAGGGCACAACGUGCUUAGCUAGAAUUCAUAUAGGGCCAAUAUAGGCUCCUAAAUUCAAUGUGGUGCUCCUAACUUUUUUAAGUUGGGAGCACCAGGGCUACCAAUUACAUUUUUUAAUUUAGAGUCCUGGGUAUAGGUGCUGAAAUUAAUCUUCAAAUUAUUAUGUUUUCAAUCUUGUCCCUUAGAUGUGAACGACAAUGUUCCCUUCUUCACCUCCUCCACCUACGAGGCGUCAGUGACGGAGGGAGCCAAGGUGGGGACCAUGGUCCUCCAGGUGUCUGCUCAAGACAAGGACCUGGAUCUCAACGGACAGGUUAGUUGCACAUCUACAACAUCUAACACAACACAACACAACAUCCAUUGACCCAUCCAUAACUUAAUAUCACAUAGUUGUGGUGGUCAAGUGGUUGGGACUUGUCACAUUGGCUGAUGUGGAUGUGGUGGAGGAGUCACACGCAGAACACAGAAGCUAAGUCCAACCGACUUUACUGAACACAAUGAAUCUCGACACUGGCCUCAAAACAAAAUAGGAGGCCGACUAUGCGCAACAAUGCGCAAAACACAAGUAAUCCAAAACGCACGAAAACAGUACAGUGCGACGAAAGGAAAUACAAAAUACAAAAGACAAGCCGCACCUGAUGACAGGCGAACAAUCACACACAACACAUGACUAACAAAACGAGAAACUUAUAGGAGACAUAAUCAACCAAAAAAGGAAACAGGUGUACACACAAGACAAAACCAAUCAAACAUCGAAAACAUCAAACGGUGAUAGCUAGUACUCCGGGGGGGGGGGGGGGGGGGGGGGACCGCCGAAGCCUGCCCGAGCAAGGAGGAGGAGCAGCCUCGGCCGAAACCGUGACAGGACUGUGUGUUAUUCUGCCUGUGUGGCUUUGACCAUAGGACUGUGAAGGUGUACUUAUAUAAGGAUUAUGAUGCAGUGACUCUAGUUUCUAUGAACAGUCGUGUGACUCAUACGUAGAACAAUUACUCCCCUGCACUCACGAUUACUACAGCGCCGUUUAUCGUUGGCGUUUCCAAUGGUAGAAGUGACAACAUGGAUGUGAUAGAAUGAUGCUGUACGGCAUCCAUAUUAGGAAGUCAUCAGAUUUCUGUAAUGUGUUGACUUCUUAACAUGGAUACCGUAAUUAAUACUCUGUCCCUGUUCUAUAGAUCACCUACUCCCUCUUGAGUGACAGUAGUGGGGACCACCGUCUGUUUCGUGUAGAUCCAGAGCUGGGCUCCAUUUAUACAGAGGCUGUGCUUGACCGCGAGGCGCAGGGAUCCUACCUACUGGAGGUUCAGUCUGAAGACGGCAUGGAGUCAGCACGGCCUGGGAGGAACAAACAGCCCAACUCUGGUGAGGGAUGGGUUGUAUUUAUUAGGGCAGAACGUAGGAAAAUGGUUUGCAAUGGGAAACAAAGAGUUUCUAAAUUCAGUUACUCCCUCCCUGUUUCAGUCUGUUUUUUUCUGUUUGGUACAUGUGACCGACCGGCUCGGUUCGGUCUUAUGUAGCAAAAUUUGAAAUUGUGUUUUUUACGUUAGAUAAAAGUAGAGACUCAGAGCUAGAAAAUUGUAUAUCAUACACUACAGUUGCGGAACAAUGGAAAAUAAAUUCUGCUUUGAAAGUUGAUAAACUUGUAACCCCACUUUUGAGAAAAUGGCCCUUGAAUGUUUUGGUACACCUACUGGAGAGCUCUUCUUUGUCUACACCCAUUCAGUAUCGUUCACACCCUCUUAAGCCUUAGCCCCACCCAUCUCUUUAAGGAUUCACAUGUGAGGCCAUGUGCUAAACAGAGUGAGUACUGUAGUGUACUAAACAACCAAAGAUUUCAAAACUAAAGGCUGGUUUAUACUACGUCUAUCGACAUGUCUGUAUACAUUUGUCGCAGUGACAUUAUGAACAUUCUAUUGUCGUCCGACAUCAAACUUGUCAUUGUCAUUAUGAAAAAGUAUAAACACAAAAACGACAGGCCGCAUGACAUCAGCAACCUGGUGGUCCAAAAUAGCAUAACUGGUGUAUUUUAACACCAAUAAACCCAUCCAUUUAAAAAUGAAUUUAGUAUACUGUAUGUCAAUCUAGCAAACCAGGCAACUAAAAGCAACUUUCUAAACAAUGUUUUGGUUCGUUUCUAGCUUGUUAGCUAGCUAGCUAAUGUUAAGUUAGCUGGCUAGUCAGUUCAAAUAAUGACCAUAUCAUAUAGCUGACAACGUCUUCACCUUAGCUCAUUUGUAUUCAUUAUUACAGGAAAAUAAACUCACAACAAGAUCAUUAUUUACAAGUUAAUUUUUACAUUUUAGUCAUUUAGCAGACGCUCUUAUCCAGAGCGACUUACAGUUAGUGAGUGCAUACAUGUUUUUUUUUUAUGGCGAGCUAAUUACAGAAAAUAGCUUACGGUUGUGAGUGUGACAAAAUAAAAGCAGGGCAUUCUACCGGAGAAUUUCAGAACUUGUAUACUGUCUCAUUGGCCUAACGUUAUAUCCUAUUUUGACUUUGGUGCAGGCCAUGUUAUUCUUCACAUUACCAUCUGUGAUAAACACACACUAUAUCAAAUAAAAUCAAUGUUUCUUUGUCACAUGCACAGGAUACAGAAGGUUAAACGGUACAGUGAAAUGGUUACUUGCAUAGUGGAGUCUUUUGUUCAGACAUGUAACUAGCUAGCUAGCUAAACAAUGAACCAAUCCCAACUCAUAAUAUUACUACCCUGCAUGAAUCUACAGGUAGCUAAAGCUUACCAACUACUAGGUUCAAUGUUAGCUAGCUAACAUUAGUCUAUAACUAGCAAUGCAAAUGGCUCUGAGAUACGAAUAAUAUUACUACACAGAUCAUACAUCUAACGUUAGCUAGCGAGCCAGCCAGCUAUGGUUAGCUAGCUAGCUAGCUAACAGUACGCUUUAACUUACAAUGAAAAUUACUUUAUUUGAAAUGUAUAAUAUCUGAAAAUGUAGCUAGCUAGACUCUCUUACCCGCAUACAUGGUUGAACGCUUCUCCCUCUCUGUCACAGAUGCCAUGGUUGCCCUUAGUUUAAUGAUGUAAUCCGAAGACAGGUGUUUUAUACAACACAACAGCCUUCCGUGUUCUCUUUUCGACUCCCUACGCAUUUGCAAUCAAAUGCCUACAUUUUCGCCAUUUCCUUAGCUAUCAUACUCUGCUUCCACCGGGCAUUCCACUGAUUUCAAAACUCGGUCCUCCAGAAAGUGGAGAGCCUUAGCAACACAUUUGCAGUUUUUAGUGAUAUCUUUUAAAAAUGCAGCGUAAGAAAGGAUUACUUACACAUACUGAGCAGCUCAUGUUAGCUAUAGACAGAAGCAUUCUACAUGACAGUCCAGCCCAUCCAUUAUCUCAGCCAAUCAUGGCUAGCGGGAAGGUUCCUGUCUUUUUCCGUGGCUAAACCAACUAGGCUCGUAAUUUAACAAUUUUACACUUAAUCCAGUAUAAAAUAAUAUAUAUAAUUUAUUAUAAAAGAGACAAAAUUCACAAAUUCUACAACACAACGGCAGGGCCAUGUUUUAAGUGUAAAACUAAUAAUCACUUAAUAAUCCAUGCUUUCUGGGAAUACUAUAAAGUCUGGAAGUUGUGGGCGGAGCUAGAAAGUAGGCUGUCAUAAGUAUUAUAAUGUAACGUAUUUUUAAUCCGUCUGUCUGCAUAUUUCAAGACAUGUCAUAUAGGGGUGUAGUAAGAUACCAAUGGGCUGGAUGAUUCGCUGGAUGAUUCUCUUCUCAUCACUCAUCUGGAAAAAACAUAUACUAAAAACGUGGAAAUCAAUCAAUCCGCCAUCAUUAACACAAUGGAAAAAUGAAAUGAUUCAUUGAAAUAUUGAAUAGCAUGGGCGACUGAAAAAAACGAAUUGAUACAAUUUAAGGCCAAGUGGCAAACAAUAAUGCAGGCACUAGGGAUGGAGGUAUGAGCAGGCGGGUCUGGGCAGAGGAGAUGUAGUCAUUGUCUGUGUGCGUCUGUAAGUUGUUGUUCUUAUGUUUAAAUUUGUAUAUGGAGUGAAAAAAAUAAAUGCCUAGUGCAUUCUAUUCAUUUGCCUCCUGCAAGAGCAUAUGCAAAUGGAAUCUUUCAUUUGAUUUAUUCUACCAGCGUAAUCAGACAGCCUCUUGUCUCUUCCCUAUGGUAAAACGCUGUGAGGGUUGUGGUACAUCAUUUUACAAAAUGUUUUUGAAUUUCUCAAUUGACUGUUCAGAAAUCAUAAUAUCUCUUUGGCUUGGUCAUACAUGAUGACAGAAUGCAUUCUGUUUUGGUAUCGCAGGUGAUGUAAUAGGAAGGUUUGCGUUAUGGAUGAGGGGUUUUUAACAAAUGUUUGCGGAGACGGUAUUAGGGGUAAGGGUGAACAGCAAAGCCUCCUCUCUAGGGGAUGUGAGGGGGCUGCUUAGCAUUUCCAAAUGAACCUUAGCACUAUGUUAGCGCUGUCUUCUGCUACAUAUCUUCACCAGCAGAAGGGCUCAUCUCUUUAGUAAAUACUACCUGUCUGUCGGGUUUACCCCCGGGAAACAAUGGAGUACUGGAGGAGGGAGGGAGGGAGGGAGGGAGGGAGGGAGGGAGGGGGAGAGAGAGAGAGAGAGAGAGAGAGGACGAGAGAGGAGAGAGAGAGAGAGAGAGAGAGAGAGAGCGAGGAGAGAGGAGAGAGGAGAGAGAGAGAGAGAGAGAGAGAGAGAGAGAGAGAGAGCGAGCCCAGGGGAAUGCAGACAGAAAAAUAGAAGCACAUUUGUAUACAUGGCCAUGUUCCUACCUUCUGAGCGUACCACAUCUGCGAAACAUUACUAACCUUUUUUAGCAAAAUAUAUCUAUGUUUGAGUUAAAACAUAAAGAAUGGUGUGGAAAAAGAACCAGACAGACAGAGAAGUAAACACUUGCCAUCCCAGAGGAGAAGUGGAUAGGUUCUUAAACUUUUAUUUAUUUCAGAAAAGUCAGUUCCUGGAGGUCUAGCUAACAUUUUGUUUGCUGCCAAAAUGUUACCCGGCUUAAACAGUGAACCAUCUACUCUGGUUGAAUCAUUUCUGUAAUUCCGAACACCCUGUCGAGAAUAACAUUAUUUCUGAUUUCCAUGUCAAGUGAGGCACAUUACAUUAGGUUAAGUGCUUCUCUCCCCACAAGAGUGUCAAUGGCUCACACAGUGACUGCCAACAUCCUCUGAUGAAAAGAGGGAUUGGAAGGGAUGGAAUGAGAAGUGUAAGGGUGAGAUGAGAGAAAGAGAGAGAGAGAGAGAGAGAGAGAGAGAGAGAGAGAGAGGAUGACAGAGUGAGUUGUAGCUGUGUGGUGUUUAAUCUGUCUCUUGCUUGUCGUCCUUCUUGCAGACACGGCAUAUGUGCGGGUUUUCAUCAGCGACGUGAACGAUAACAAACCCGUCUUUGCUCAGCGCCUCUAUGAAGUCGGGGUUGACGAGGAUGCAGAUGUCGGCCUGGCUGUUGUUACCGUCAGUGCUAAUGACGAAGAUGAAGGUAUGGAAGGAAGGAUGAGAUGGCACGGGAAGAAAGAGAGAGAGAGGAAUGAAGCCCAAAGCGUUUCCACCAGUGAUGGCACAUUAGCACUCAUGGCAGUGAAAUGGGCAAAUGUAUAACAUUCAUUUUUUUAAGGCAGUGAGGCAGGUAACCUGGCACAGGUUUAACAUUUCAUGAGAAACCUGAGGGAAAAGUCUCUUUUUCACAUUCUGUGCAGGGCCAAAAUUGUCCUUGGUAUGACAUUACACAUCGGGCAGAGGUAACUGUCAAUCAAAUAAUUAAAUGUUUCCCAACCCUAGACUCGUCUAGUUUUAGAGACCAUGAGGGCAGGGAAGGGUUCAUUUUUGAGACACUGAGGGCAUUGAAGGGUUAAAAUGUUCCAAAAUGACUCACCACAAGUGCCAUCUCCCCAUCUGGAUUUAGCUCUGCUGGAAUCAUGCUGAGACGAGGUAAGCAGCCUACAUUAAGACGCAGCCAUUUGAUAGUCAAGUAAUGCAACACCACACAUGUUCUAAAAAGACAGAUACACUCCUCCUACACAGUAGGUGGGUGGGAUUUGGUGUGAUAAACCAGCUUAUCUCCUGUACAGCGGCAACGCUCUGCGUAAUAUCGGCUAUGUUUUUAGUUGUUAAUCAAGUAUUUAUCGCAAGCGAGGGUUGGUGCGGCUUAGUUUAGAGGGUAGCCUAUGUAGCGCAAGCUGCAACCAAGCCAAGAUGAACGACCAGACAGCACUAGCCCCCAGCAUUUAAAGGAGCCUAAACCCAAUCUGCCUUUUUCUCUAUCCACACAUGGGCUCAACUGCAGUAGAAGCUUAUAGGAGAGCCCUGAGGGAACGCUUUGUCUGCUGAUUUAUGUUAAUAGCAGAGAUUAGACUAGUAUUUACAUUGGGCUUGUAGCUCCUUUAACACAACAGACUGAUUGAAAGGGGAGCCAUGAAAUAUCCAGGGGAUUAUUUUAUCUGGCUAAAUUAGCCCACUGGACAGUCUCCAUGGACACACACUGGAGAAGUUCAGAGAUCUACUUCCUCAUUGGUCCAUUUCUCAACCCUCAAAGUGACAUAUAGAUGUAGGAUCUUAAUUUGACCUAUAUUGUCACAGCAAAAUAAUCUGUCAGCAACAGGAUUUGAACGUUUAGUCCAUAAUAUUGCUUGAUUGGUGGUUAGCUGGCCAAAAGUAGGCUACAUGAAAAGUGCAUUACUGUUAAUACUGUUAGGGAUUUUUUUUGCAAAAUUUGAAUAUACCCACUUCUCCAGGCACCACUACACCACUGCAUAGGGCAGAUGGAAAGACAGCAGUCACACACAGCAUGAUGUUAAAGAUAAGCAGUCCAUUCACUCAGACAUAAUAAGCCAGUAGGUCCCAAUCAUAAGAAUGCAUAAACACAACCAUUAGGCUAAGCAUUUCCUAAUCAAAAUGUACAACUAUUACUUCCCAUUGCAAGAAACAUUUCACAUUUAGCACACAAAGUAAUCGGUGACCUAAAGUUCAAAUGCAACAAUGUUCCACACAACAUUUAUUUUCAAAGACAUGGCUAACAACAGAAAGCGAGCUCCAAUAUAAAACACUGUUCCACUCACCAGAUGGUGAUCAUUUGAAACUUAACUUCUUGUUGAAAGUUAUUUUUGAAAAGGGAGAAGCUAACAAAUUAGCAACAACAUCCUCUUCGAUAACACCUGCUGCAGCCGCUGCAAACUAGCCUACAAUAAAAGAUAGCUAGCUAGACUGUGGAAAAACUACUGCUCGCUAUUGCGCAGUGACCUUUUGGCCUUUGAGAAGGCAGAAGUUUCCAUAUGUUUUUUGUAAAAACAGUCCCACCCAUUACAAGUCAAAAUGUUGCCCUAAUACAGUUGAAUGGCAGAUGCCUUCUAUCUAGCUUCUGAUGGCCUACUCAAUGGCUGACUUAGCUAGCUAGAUUUAUUUCCCCAGAGACCACCAAAGAAAAAUCCUGAUUGGAUAUUUUUUUCUCUUCAGUGUUAGCCCUUUCCAACAGAAAUUGAAUAGAUUAAAUCAGAACAUCAUUGAAAAGAGUAAUGUAAUUAUAAUUGUUAUUAUUAUAAUUAUUAUUUAAUAAAUACUUAGUGACUCUAUUGACUAUAUUUUCCCUCAGCAUGCAUUUUUUCACCAUUCUGAAUGUCUGAAGAAUCAAUAUGUUCUUCUGAAAUAUGAACACAGAAAUAAGGGACAUGUUGAACUCUUAUUAUGGUGGCGAUUUGACAAAAUUACAAUCAUGGUCUUGAAUUGGACUCCCAUUUUUUUGGACUUGGUCUUGACUCGGUCUCGGACCCCUUGUCCCCUCCCGGUCUCGGUCUUGAUCAAAUUAAGAUCCUACAUUUGUAGGUAGGGGUUACAUUUGGCAGGUGUAGAUUAUACAGGAAUGUACCACCUGUUGACAUACAGCAAAUAGGUACCAGUCCAUUUCUACUCUAGCCAACAUGUCAUUGUCUUGUCAAACAAGGCAACAACAUAAAAUCAUUGAAUGCAGGAACAUUCUGGCACACAUGCUAGCUGACACAUAUAUGUACUGAGGCUGCAUCUGAAAUGGCACCCUGUUCCUUGUAUAAAGCACUGCUUUUGGCCAGAGCACUAUGAGGCAAACAAGUAUUGGACUAAGUAAGGAAUAGGAUGCCAUUUCAGACUUGCCCAAAUACUAAGUACAGUAUCUAGAACUCCAUCCCCCAAAACCCCCACUAAAAUUCCCUGGUCCCUCCCCAGGUGCCAAUGCCAAGUUGCGCUACCAGAUCACGUCGGGCAACACCGGAGGGGUGUUUGACAUGGAGCCUGAGGUUGGAACCAUCUUCAUCGCUCAGCCUCUGGACUACGAGCAGCAGAAGAGGUACAAGCUGCUGGUGCUGGCAUCAGACGGGAAGUGGGAGGACUAUGCCGCCGUGGUGGUCAACGUGGUCAACAAGAACGACGAGGCGCCCGUCUUCUCCAUGAAUGAGUACUACGGCUCAGUGACAGAGGAGCUGGAUGGCUCGCCGGUCUUUGUGCUCCAGGUGUGUGUUCUUUCUCUAACCUGGGUUUCUGCUUGAGCAGUCAGGUACUGAGGCUCAACCAACCAUGUCAAAUGCAUGCUUCUGUAUACUAACUGUACAUGUGCUUGCUAUAGCUAAUGACGACAUGUCACUCUACAUGUUAUUUCUGUCUCUAGCCUGGGUGACUAUCUGUUUCAGUUUGAGUCAACACAUUGUUUUGUUCAUUGACAAGGCAGGAAUUAAUUUUGAAUGCACAAACAGUUAGGUACCCAGGAUAAUCUUUAUCAAGCAUAAAUAUCAAAUGCAUGCUUCUGUAUGUCAUGCAUGUACAUGACUAAUCUGCUAUCUAUUACAUAAACAAUGGAUGAAAAGAUAGAUUGAUGGGAUGCUUGCUUAUAAAGACAGGCAUAUGCGCAUGCAUGCACGCACACACACACACACACACACACACACACACACACACACACACACACACACACACACACACACACACACACACACACACACACACACACUCUUAGAUGUUGAUUGUUGAUGAGUUGGGUGUCUCUCCAGGUGACGGCCACGGACCCAGACAAGGAUGCCGACCAGGGAGCCGUGCGCUACUCUCUCCAUGGUCAGGGGGCGGACUCUCAGUUUGUGAUUAAUGAGAUCACGGGGGAGAUGUAUGCCCAGAAGACGCUGGACCGCGAGGAGCGGGCUGUGUGGCGCUUUGUGGUCCUGGCCACAGACGAGGAAGGGGAGGGGCUCACCGGCUUCACUGAUGUCAUCAUCAACGUGUGGGACAUCAACGACAAUGAGCCCGCUUUCACCUGUGCGCCCGAUGGCUGCUAUGGCAACGUGGCCGAGAACUCAUCCCCAGGUACCUUCGUCAUGGAGAUGACGGCGGCAGACCUUGACGACACGGCAGUGGGUCAGAACGCCAUCCUCACCUAUCGUAUCAUUGAGAACGCCCGUGACGCGGAUUCUGAGGACCUAUUUACCAUCGAUGCUAGUACGGGCACCGUCUCCGUGGUGACCGGCGGGCUGGACAGGGAGAUGGCAGAGCGGCACCAGCUGGUGGUCGAAGCCAGGGAUGGAGGGGACAUGGUGGGCACAGCUACCGCCACUAUCAUCAUCGUGGACCUGAACGACCAUACCCCCCGGUUCAAAGACGAGUGGUGCGGGGCUCGUGUGUCUGAGAGCAGCCCUCCAGACUCAACCGUGCUGGAGCUGGAAGCUGUGGACCCAGACUCGGGCCCUCACGGCCUGCUGGGCUUCAGUGUCGUGGCGGGGGACCAGGGGGAGAGGUUCUACAUGGUGAACCACAGAGCAGAGCAGUCUGGGAGUCUGAGGCUGAGGAAGAGGCUGGACUAUGAGAGGCCCGGCGAGCAGCGCUUCAACCUCACCAUCCGGGUGGAGGACUCUGACUUCUCCAGCCUCAUCCACUGCAUCAUCCAGGUGGUGGAUGAGAAUGACCACAUCCCCGUGUUCACCCCCACCUCCUACCCCCUCGCCCCUCUUGUGGAGGAUGUUGCCGUGGGAACCAGCAUCACCCAGGUGAUGGCCAGUGACUCAGACUCUGACCUGAAUGGGGAAAUAGUCUACAGGAUCUCCCCGGAGUCAGACCCGUACGGUCAUUUCAUAGUGGACCGAGACGGCAUUGUGACCGUGACCCGCCCGCUGGACAGAGAGACGAUUCCCGAGUACCAGCUGGUUGUCAUGGCGACAGACCGCGGGAGUCCAGCAUUGACGGGGAGCGCCACAGUCCAGCUGAGCCUGUUGGAUGUAAAUGACAAUGGGCCAGAGCUGGAAGUGGCCUACACCCCUGUCCUCUGGGAGAACAGCCCUGCUCCACAGCUGGUGUGGCUCAACCAGACCUCCACCCUGCUCCACGUUAUCGACAGGGACUCCCCAGAGAACGGGCCUCCCUUCUCCCUCUCCCUCUUCCGCCUCUACACCCCCGACUUCCAUCUGCAGGACCAUGGCAAUGGCACGGCAACGCUCACCGCGCUACGCCGCUUCGACCGUGAGCGCCAGAGGGAGAUCCUCCUGCCCGUGGUCAUGACGGACAGCGGCCGUCCACCAAUGACGGUCACCAACACGCUCACCAUCACCGUGGGCGACCAGAAUGACAACGCCCACCAGGAGGGAGAGAAGGAAAUUUAUGUUCACAGCCGGAGGGGUGAGUCCAAACCUUCAGUCAACUUUCAGACAUUCGUAUUCACGAAGUGUCUAAGAGUAGGAGUGUCUAAGAGUAGGCGUGCUGAUCUAGGAUCACGUCCCCCCUUUUAUUCAUUAUAAACACUCCCAACUCUAAGAUGCUUUGUGAAUAUGGACCCAGGCUUUUACCCAAGUUAGCACAGUAUGGAGGUGUUCUUUCUGUCUUUCUGUGUACCUAUUCUGUAUUGUCUGAAUGAGUAAUUGAUACACCUGAAUUGUAUAUUAACAUUUUAUUGCAGCAUUUCAUGAUUCUUGAUUACAAAUCCUUCCUUCGGGCUUAAGAAAAUUCUACCCCCACACACUCUUUCCACUCUGCUAAUUGUAUCUGGCCCUGAUGUUAACUUGAACAUUAUAAGAUCUGUGGUGUUCCUCAGGGGUGAUUGUUAGGCCCGUUAAAGUUCUGAUCAUGGACAUGGCUUUUUUAGUUUACUUUUCAGUAAUUGUGUGAAACACUGCAGCAGCGUUGUUGUUUACCCAGCUGCAGUAUGCUGGCACUGGGGCUCGAUAAUAUCAUAAUCCAUACUGAGAUAGCCCUGACUUCCUUAAGAUCUCAGCGCUCCUCGCAUCUCAAGUAGUGGAAGCCUAUUCAACCCAGACAGUGGGACUUCACACUCAUGAACAGAAUAGAAAGAACAGAAACAGCAGAAUCACAGAACAGCAGAUAAGAAAACGGCUGAAGAUAAGCGGCCUGGGGCCUCUAUCACGUUCGGUUUGGAAACCGUUGUUUUCAGACAAAAUCAAAGUCUUUGUGUGUGUUGGACAGGAAGGAUGCGGACUACUUCGCUGGGCAAGGUCUAUGCCCCUGAUCCUGAUGAUUGGGACAACAAGACCUACACCUUAGACGCAGGAGGAAUGAGGUAGGUGUUAUGUUUGUCUGUAACCAGCGUGAGUCAUAACAGGACAGUUAAUCAGUUAACAUGUGAGGGAUGCAAAUAUGUAUCCCUAUAAAUAUGACCUACUCUCAUCUCACUCAAAGUCUCAGAGUCAAAUCUUCCCGAGUGGCGCAGUGGUCUAAGGCACUGCAUCACAGUGCUAGCUGUGCCACUAGAGAUCCUGGUUCGAAUCCAGGCUCUGUCGUAGUCGGCCGCGACCGGGAGACCCAUGGGGCUGCGCACAAUUGGCCCAGGGUAGGGGAGGGAAUGGCCGGCAGGGAUGUAGCUCACUUGGUAGAGCAUGGCGUUUGCAACGCCAGGGUUGUGGGUUCGAUUUCCACGGGGGGCCAGUAUGAAAAAUAAAAAAUGUUAUGUAUGCACUCACUAACUGUAAGUCGCUCUGGAUAAGCGCGUCUGUUAAAUGACUAAAAUGAAAAUGUAAAUCAAAUCAAGUUAACUAACAGUGAAAUGCUUACUUACGGGCCCUUUCCAACGAUGCAGAGAGAAAAAAUAUAAAAAUAAUAACAUGAGGGAUAAAUACACAAUGAGUAACGAUAACUUGGCUAUAUACACAGGGUACCAGUACCGAGUCGAUGUGCAGGAGUACAAGGUAAUUGAGGUAGAGUGACUAGGCAACAGGAUAGACAAUAAACAGCAACAGUCAAAGAAAUGGUAAGGAUGGAGGACUACCACAACUCCUACUUGGCCAACAAGUGCCUCUUGCUCAACAUGCACUUAACCCUAAUUGCACCUGUAAGUUGCUCUGGAUAAGAGCAUUUGCUAAAUGACUAAAAUGUCAAAUAUGAAUGUAAUUAGAGCAAUUAGAGGAUGCAUUUGUAUCAUAUCAACUGGUGGACUCGCUGGGGAACAAGGAUCAAUAAUAUUUACACCAAGAUUGUUUGUAAUUUAGCAUCUAACACAGUCAGGGAACAGAAGAAAAUCCCAAUUGCAUAUUUUACACAUUCCUGUUUUAUUCAUAUGCCAAUCCCGACCUGUUUCUAUGACAACUACCGAGCUCCUUUGGUGGAGAUGUAAACAGAAUAGCAUUUACCUCCCAGCAGGAACAAAAUAUUUGUAUUUCCAUUCAUUUCCUUUGGUAGUCCAGGGUUGUAGGCACCAAACGGAAUAAAACACGGAAUAAACACUUAAACAAGGAGGGACUGCUUAUUUCCAUUUUCUGUUGUCUUUUAAAAUGUUUUUUUUUUUUUAUCUUCCCUUAAUGAAUACCACCCAGCCAUUUAUGUUUUCCACACCAUUUAUUUCCCCCCCUACAGGUAUUUCACUCUAGACAAGAGUACAGGCCACCUGGCCAUCAGACAGAACACCCUAGCAGGCAGCUACUAUCUCAGAGUGGUCGUGUCGGACGGGGUGUGGCCGGACGUGGUGUCAGGGGUUACAGUUCACGUCCGGGAGCUAGAGGACAAGGCCAUCCACUCGUCAGCCUCCCUGCGUCUGACCGGUAAGCUACUGCAGCAUGACAACAUCGUAUUAUCUACUCUACAGUUUAUGCCAUGAGUCAUGAUUACACUCAGAAAAAAAGGUGCUAUCUAGAACCUAAAAGGGUUCUUCACUGUCCCAAUAGGGUUCCAGGUAAAACCCUUUUGGUUCCAGGUAGAACCUUUUUGGGUUCAGCAACUAAAGUUGUGCUACUUCAGCUGCUGUUACUCCACAGCAGGGAUGCUCUAUAUGAGAUGAUAAGUCUGAACCUGUCAACAUUAAUAACUUUUUCCAUUUGUUUUCCUUUCUCUUGCACUCUAUCAGUCAUCUUUCCACCCACACCAAACGUCAGGCUUUUUAUUUUACUUUGUUCGGUUGUUGGAGAGAUAGACAAUGUAGCUUUCGAGACAUUUGUUUGGUUUGAGAAAGACAAUAACAGACAAGGUUUUGUCAUUAGGAUUCAAUAAUAAUAUGCCAUUUAGCAGACGCUUUUAUCCAAAGCGACUUACAGUCAUGCGUGCAUACAUUUUUGUGUAUGGGUGGUCCCGGGGAUCGAACCCACUACCUUGACAUUACAAGCGCCGUGCUCUACCAGCUGAGCUACAGAGGACCACGUCAAUCAGGUUGUCAAAUGAAUUCAUGUGGAAUCAGCUGCUGCUCUCUGGAUCGAAAGAGAAGAAAGAAUAAAUUAAUUAUUAAAAAAUGAAUGAAUUAAAAAACAUACAGAAACCUGUAGACUUAUACACCUUAAAAUAGGGAGUAUCUCUGGAUCUAGAACUGGUACUUUUAAAUCUGAGGCUGCACUGUGAGUCAGCAAAUUCAAUGGAUUGGAUUUAUGUUAAGCUUUUACAAAAGAUUGAAAUGUUUUACGUCGAAUGGGGGGAUCUCACCUUCUCACCUUUACAAGCUGUGAGGUAUGUACUUUAUAACAAAUCUAUUACGUCAACCUAUAGUCCCUAUCACAAAAAAGCAGCAGUGUGUAUCACACCUCUGCUGCCGUUUUCACAAGCGUGAAGUUUAAUGUCUUGGUCUUUUGGCUCUCUCUGGGCAAAUCCCAAUUGUAAAGGUCAAUUUCAAAACUGCCAGGUUAGUCCAUGACAUUUGAAAAUCCAUUUUAUGAAUAGACUGCAAGGCUAUUAGGCUUGCCAGGGCAUCAAUUUCACUUUGUAGAGAUUAAAGAUGACGUUUUCCACCCUCUCCGAUAUUAUUAGAAGAGAUGCAUUGCAUUGCUAAUGCUUCGACCUCUAAAUCUAUUUGACAGUGAGGCCGUCAAUGUUUUAUACUGGAGCCAAGAAUCGGUCUCAGUGGAAAUAAUUAGAGAACGGUAAGUUAAAUAGUUUCACCACAUGAUUGAGUGAAUCAAUGUGAGGCCAGUAUAGAUCAAUCGAGAGGAAUGUUGGAAAUUCUAUUUGCUGAUGGAACCAAGACUGAGUUCACUUUGAUCAACUUCCCUUGUCAGUGAAUAGUGAAUGCUCUUGUUUCUAUUGCCUGAGGUGUGUUUCUGUGUGUGUGUGUGUGUGUGUGUGUGUGUGUGUGCGUGCGUGUGUGUGUGUGUGUGUGUGCGUGUGUGUGUGUGUGUGUGUGUGUGUGUGUGUGCGUGUGUGUGUGUGUGUGUGUGCGUGCGUAUGUGUGUGAUGUUUCCCCCUUCUGCAGGCAUCACUUCCAGGGAGUUUAUUGAGUCCCGGGUGGACGAGAGGAGUCGACAGGGUAUGUUCAGGGGCUUCCUGUCUGAACACCUGUCCGUCAGAUCAGGGGCAAUCAACGUCUUCAGCCUGACAGACGUAGGACCGAACACGCUGGACGUGCGCUUCUCUGUGCACAGCAAAGGCUACCUGCGCCCAGAGAAACUACACGGAUACCUGGCGGCGCAUACAAAGAAGGUGCACGCCUCAAUGUUUUCCUGUCUUGAAGAUAGGGAUCUUACCUCAUACAUCUCUUGCUGCAGAGCUUGGUGUUGUCAAUAUCGUUUCUUUAUCAGCCAAUAGGUGCAAUGUGCAUUCAUAUCUUUUUUAUGAAUGUUGUUCUCACCAACUCUCCCCCUUCUGUGUUCAUAACUGCUUCCUUACUCAUUCUCUCUCUCCCUCACCUCAUCCCCUCUAUCUCUCACUCUCUCGCCGACCCUCCUUUCUCUGUCUGUCUAUCUCAGUUCUCAUUAUUUUAUUGAAAAUAAAUCUGCCAUUUUGGAGAUGCAGUCUGGGGCGGGGAGGAAAGAGGGGAUGGCAGCACACGCCGUCCGCCGGACGUGCCCGCACCCGCGCGAGCGAGGAGCGCGAGCGAGCGAGGGAGCGAGCGAGCGAGCGAGCGCGAGAGCGAGCGAGCGAGCGAGCGAGCGAGCGACGAGCGAGCGAGCGAGCGAGUAGCGAGCGAGCGAGCGAGGCGAGAGCGAGCGAGCGAGCGGAUGAGGAGCGAGCGAGAGAGAGCGAGCAGAGAGCGAAGCGAGGGAGCGAGAGAGCGAGCAGAGAGAAGAGAGGAGGGAGAGAGAGAAGAGAGAGAGAGAGAGAGAGAGAAGAGCGAAGCGAGAGCGAGAGAGAGAGAGAGAGGAGCGAGAGAAGAGAGCGCAGAGAGAGCGCGCGUAGACGACAGCGGAGACACCGAACGGAGGGGGAGCGCGCAGCGCGAGAAGCUGGAGGUAGACGUGAAGAGACCCGGGCUAACCACAACCCCCCGCCACACUCACAAGCGAGCUCACGCAUCUCGCCAGAGAAGUCUCCACAUCGUCUCACAAUCACCCAGAUCCCUCUAUCUUUCUCCGCUCUCUCUCUCAUUCUCUCUCCCUCCUCUUAUCUCCCCCUCCUCCUCUACUCUCUUCUCCACUCUCUCCCCUCUUCUUCUCUCUCUAUCCCCCCCCCCCCCGUCCUUUCCUUAGCUGCAGUCUCUGCUGCAGGUGAACGUGUCCCAGGUAGAGGUGGAUGAGUGUGUGUACACAGACUGCAGGCCGGGUGGUGGCUGCUCCACACAGCUCAGCGUCAGUGACACACCCACCCUGGUCGAUGCCGGGAACAUGACCCUGGUGUCUGUGACGAUGAUGUCCUCAGCCGUGUGUGGAUGCUCUGCCAGGGACCGUGUCCAUCAGGCCUGUUCCUCCUACCCCACAAACCCCUGCUUCAAUGGAGGCACCUGCAUGGAUACCCUCAGUGGGUACAGGUGAGCAGAGAGCAGGGACCAAAGCAACACCAUCACCUGAGGACUAUGUGAACUGGGUUGUGUUCAUUAGGGCACAUCAUAGCAGAAAACACAAAUAAGAGUGUCUUAUUGGACAUGUGCAGAUAGUUCCUCCUUUUUUUAUUCUAUUUCUGACCUUUUUCUUCCAAUUUAACUCUACCGAACAUGAUCGUCUCCUGUCUUUAUUGUAUUUAAUUUAUUACACAAGAUAAAGAUCCUUUCAUCGGAGACAGUUGAGAGAUAAUUAAGAGAAGGUGAUAGAGAUAGUCAGGAUGAAAUCUAGACAGAUGGUGAUGUGGAGAAAAUUAUAUCAUGAUCAGAAAUGACACUAAUCAGAAUACAUUACAGAAGAAGAAUGACGAUAAAUUCAGGGCAAAGAAAAUCUACAGUUUGAUGAUCAAUUACCUCCUAAUAAAAACAUUUUGUGAUGCAAUUGACAUUUGAGUCAUUUAGCAGACGCUCUUAUCCAGAGCGACUUAAAAUUAUUGAGUGCAUACAUUUUCAUACUGGCCCCCCGUGGGAGAUAUAUACUAGAGCCUUGAACGCUAAGCAUAUACAGUAGUCAGAAAUCAAUAAAAAAAGUACAAGGCCCCACGUGGGUGUAUCACAGAGGAAACAGCAUGGAGCUAAUUUAAAGAUGAGAAUUUGUAGGAUUUAAGAAAUGUGAGAUUACAACAAGCACUACCCACCCCUCUCCCAAGUGCUGACAACUUUUCAGAAUCCCACUUAAUACCAUUUACAUGAACAUGUAAAGUUAAAUUAGCCAGACAGACGCACAGGCAGAAGCGCACGUCCGCCUUAAAACCUUAGAACAUGAAGAUCACACUCAUGGAGUGUGUCUCAGAGCCCUAUGGGCACUAGUCAAAAGCAUGCUGCGGUUUUUAUCUGCCACAUCUGCUGCAGUCUGCAGUCUUGUGAGAGAGCCCUAGUCAGAAUAUGGAUGCUGCUAUAUAACCCAAUGUGUAUUCAGAAUGUGUGUGAAAAAUCCAAUUUUGGGGCCAUCCCAUGUAGAGAGAGCUUAAUAUCCAGACUGAGACAUUGGCCUUAUCAGAUCGUGUCAGUCAGAGGAAGAAACAUGCCCUGUGCUCUGGAGUCUGGAUUGGCAUUGCUCUCUGGAGUCACAUGGAGAACGCCAGGGAAGGUGUGUUUGUGUUUGUGUAUGUGUGUGUAGUGUGUUCUUUCGUCCAUGUGUGUAUGUCCCGUCUCUCUCUGUAUGGAUCAGUAUUCCUGACAUGUCUUGGCCCUCUAUAGAAUAAAUAGAGUUGGAGACAUUGAGAAAGAGAGAAAACAGCCCUUAACUGUACAUAGCAGAGCCAUCCACUCAGAUACAACGCCACAUGAAAAUAAAUGACUCUGACAUUAUCUACCAAGCCCAGUUAUUCUCACAUCACAUUUUGCCAGGGGUCUGCACUGUUUGGGAUCGAAAGUGAUGUUUUUCUCCCUGCUUGUAUUUCUUUUCUCAUUUCUUUGAUUCCGGUUUACGGCUAGUAGGCAUGCAGAUUCACUAGUGGAGGCAUACAAUAAAGAAGUGGAGAAAUAGCAUGAAGAAGUGGAGGAAUAGCAUGAAGAAGUGGAGGAAUAGCAUGAAGAAGUGGAUUAAUAGCAUGAAGAAGUGGAGGAAUAGAAUGAAGAAGUGGAAGAAUAGCAUGAAGAAGUGGAGGAAUAGCAUGAAGAAGUGGAAGAAUAGCAUGAAGAAGUGGAGGAAUAGCAUGAAGAAGUGGAAGAAUAGCAUGAAGAAGUGGAGGAAUAGCAUGAAGAAGUGGAGGAAUAGCAUGAAGAAAUGGAGAAGUGGAAGAAUAGCAUGAAGAAGUGGAGGAAUAGCAUGAAGAAGUGGAAGAAUAGCAUGAAGAAGUGGAGGAAUAGCAUGAAGAAGUGGAAGAAUAGCAUGAAGAAGUGGAAGAAUAGCAUGAAGAAGUGGAGAAUAGCAUAGAAGAAGUGGAAGAAUAGCAUGAAGAAGUGAAGGAAUAGCAUGAAGAAGUGGAGAAUAGCUAAGAAGUAAGGUAAGAAUAGCAUGAAAGAAGUGGAAGAAUAGCAUGAAGAAGUGAAGAAUAGCAUGAAGAAGUGGAAGAAUAGCAUGAAGAAGUGGAAGAAUAGCAUGAAGAAGUGAAGGAAGAAUAGCAUGAAGAAGUGGAAGAAUAGCAUGAAGAAGUGGAAGAAUAGCAUGAAGAAGUGGAAGAAUAGCAUGAAGAAGGGAGAAACAUGAAGAAGUGGAAGAAUAGCAUGAAGAAGUGGAAGGAAAUAGCAUGAAGAAGUGGAGGAAUAGCAUGAAGAAGUGGAUAAUAGCAUGAGAAGUGAGAUAGCAAGAAGAAGCUGAGAAGUGAAUAGCAUGAAGAAGUGGAAGAAUAGCAUGAAGAAGUGGAAGAAUAGCAUGAAGAAGUGGAGAUAGCAUGAAGAAGUGGAAGAAUAGCAUGAAGAAGUGGAAGAAUAGCAUGAAGAAGUGGAAGAAUAGCAUGAAGAAGUGGAAGAAUAGCAUGAAGAAGUGGAGGAAUAGCAUGAAGAAGUGGAAGAAUAGCAUGAAGAAGUGGAAGAAUAGCAUGAAAGUGGAAUGGAAGAUGGAAAAUAGCAUGAAGAAGUGGAAUGAAGAAUAGCAUGAAGAAGUGGAAGAAUAGCAUGAAAAGGAAGUGGAAGAAUAGCAUGAAAUGAAGAAGAUGGAAGAAGUGGAGAAUAGCAUGAAAGAAGUGGAGGAAUAGCAUGAAGAAGUGGAAGAAUAGCAUGAAGAAGUGGAAGAAUAGCAUGAAGAAGUGGAAGAAUAGCAUGAAGAAGUGGAAGAAUAGCAUGAAAGUGGAAGUGGAAGAAUAGCAUGAAGAAGUGGAAUAAUAGCAUGAAGAAGUGGAAUGAGAAUAGCAUGAAGAAGUAGAUAGAAUACCAUGAAGAGUGAAGAAUAGCAUGAAGAAGUGGAAGGAAUCAGCAUGAAAAGUAAGAAUAGCAUGAAGAGUAGAGAGAUCCAUCAAGAAGUGAGAAUAAAGCCAUGAAGAAGGAAGUGGAAGAUAGCAUAGAAGAAGUGGAGUUCUAACCCCAGAAGAACUGGUAAGAAUCGUCAUGCUAGUAAGGAUGCCAUGUCACCCAAUGUCAAGUCGAUCUGGAGACGUCUCAAAGACUAAAAAACAUUAAUCAUCAACGGCCAUCAGAAUGGCAUGAGGAUUAAAGUAACCUUCUACCCCGCCCACGUAACAAGAAAAAGGACCUUGGUUUUAAAGUGGUAUCCACUGGACAUGUUAAUGGCCUGAAUGCUACCUAUUGUUGUAAGUCGCUCUGGAUAAGAGCGUCUGCUAAAUGACAAUAAAAUAAAUGAAAUAAUGUAUCGCCUCUAAUGGCCUCACCCUAGUACAGUAGAUAAGUCACUGUCAUACCGCAACACCCUGCUGUCUAUCCCCGUACAAUAGGUGAAAUAAUCUGUUGUAAAAUGUUGACAAGGCACUUAACUAUGUCACUUGAAUCUUGUUACAAUCGUUUAAAUACAACAAUAUAACUUAUUAAAAUAAUCAAAGUUCAAACUAGGCUUACCAUACAGUACUACGCCCUAACUAGUAUCAACUAGUUCGGACCACAACUGGUCCAUAUGUACUAUAGCAGAUCACUGCAGUAACUUAAUAAGGGAUUACUGGUCACUUUAACAUUGCUCGUCAUAAUAUGUUUAGAUUCAUUAUUCCAUUUAACAUGCAAUAUAACGAUUCAGUAAAUUUAUUUCAAAUGUGCUUUCAAUACAAUAGGGUGGCCUACCAUUGACAGAUACUUACAGCCACCAUACGGUCAUAAGUUAGAGUUAAGACAUAUAUUACUAAAUUACUACGUAACAUGAACAUGCAGUUAACAUAAGAUCUAAUCAUGGCUAUUAAGGACCAAUUACAUCAAUUUGGUUGUACAUAUAGUUAAUACAACAGGGUAGCUUACAGUGAAUAUGCUUAACUUACGAGUAACCACACGAGUGAAUAUCAGUGUAAAAUACAAAGGGUGGGGGGGUGUGCGGGGUAAUAGCAAGUAGGGUAGACAUCAUGAUAAAAACAGGAGUAGGUGAGCAGGUAAAAACAAGGGUGGGGGGUUGUCAUUAGUCCGGGUGGCCAUUGAUUAUUGUCAGCAGUCUUAUGGCUUGGGGGGUGUAGAAGCUGUUAAGGAGCCUUUAGGACCUAGACUUGGCGCUCCGGUACCGCUUGCCAUGCGGUAGCAGAGAGAACAGUCUAUGACUUGGGUGACUGGAGUCUUUGACAAUUUUUUGGGCCUUCCUCUGACACCGCCUAGUAUAUAGGUCCUGGAUGGCAGGAAGCUUAGCCCCAGUGAUGUACUGGGCUGUACGCAGUACCCUCUGUAGCGCAUUAUGGUCGGAUGCCGAGCAGUUGCCAUACCAGGCGGUGAUACAAAUGGUCAGGAUGCUCUCAAUGGUGCAGCUGUAUAAUUUUUUGAGGAACUGGGGACCCAUGCCAAAUCUUUUCAGUCUCCUGAGGGGGAAAAGGCGUUGUUGUGCCCUCUUCACGACUUUCUUGGUGUGUUUGGACCAUGAUAGUUUGUUGGUGAUGUGGACACCAAGGUACUUGAAACUCUCGACCCGCUCCACUACAGCCCCGUCGAUGUGAAUGGGGGAGUGUUCGGCCCUCCUUUUCCUGUAGUCCAUGAUCAUCUCCUUUGUCUUGCUCACGUUGAGGGAGAGGUUGUUGUCCUUGCACCACACUGCCAGGUCUCUGACCUCCUCCCUAUAGGCCGCCUCAUCGUUGUCGGUGAUCAGGCCUACCACCGUUGUGUCGUCAGCAAACUUAAUGAUGGUGUUGGAGUCAUGCUUGGCCACGCAGUCGUGGGUGAACAGGGAGUACAGGAGGGGACUAAGCAUGCACCCCUAAGGGGUCCCAGUGUUGAGGAUCAGCGUGGCAGAUGUGUUGUUGCCUACCCUUACCACCUGGGGGGCGGCCCGUCAGGAAGUCAAGGAUCCAGUUGCAGAGGGAGGUGUUUAGUCCCAGGGUCCUUAGCUUAGUGAUGAGCUUUGUGGGCACUAUGGUGUUGAACGCUGAGCUGUAGUCAAUGAACAGCAUUUUCGCAUAGGUGUUUUUUUUGUCCAGGUGGGAAAGGGCAGAGUGGAGUGCGAUUGAGAUUGCGUAAUCUGUGGAUCUGUUGGGGCAGUAUGCGAAUUGGAGUAGGUCUAGGGUUUCCGGGAAGAUGGUGUUGAUGUGAGCCAUGACCAACCUUUCAAAGCACUUCAUGGCUACCGACGUGAGUGCUACGGGGCGGUAGUCAUUUAGGCAGGUUACCUUCGCUUUCUUGGGCACAGGGACUAUGGUGGUCUGCUUGAAACAUGUAGGUAUUACAGACUCGGUCAGGGAGAGGAUGAAAAUGUCAGUGAAGACACUUUCCAGCUGGUCCGCGCAUGCUCUGAGUACAUGUCCUGGUAAUCUGCCUUGUGAAUGUUGACCUGUUUAAAGGUCUUGCUCACAUCGGCUACGGAGAGUGUGAUCACACAGUCUUCCGGAACAGCUGGUGCUCUCAUGCAUGCUUCAGUGUUGCUUGCCUCGAAGCGAGCAUAAAAGGCAUAUAACUCGUCUGGUAGGCUCGCAUCACUGGGCAGCUCGCGGCUAGGUUUCCCUUUGUAGUCCGUAAUAGUUUGCAAGCCCUGCCACAUCUGACGAGCAUCAGAGCCGGUGUAGUAGUAGGAUUCAAUCUUAGUCCUGUAUUGACGCUUUGCCUGUUUGAUGGUUCGUCUGAGGGCAUAGCGGGAUUUCUUAUAAGCGUCCGGAUUAGUGUCCUGCUCCUUGAGCCUUUAGCUCGGUGUGGAUGUUGCCUGUAAUCCAUGGCUUCUGGUUGGGAUAUGUUCGUACGGUCACUGUGGGGACAACCUCGUCGAUGCAAUUAUUGAAGAAGCCGGUGACUGAGGUGGUAUACUCCUCAAUGCCAUGGGAUGAAUCCCGGAACAUAUUCCAGUCUGUGCUAGCAAAACAGUCCUGUAGCAUAGCAUCCGUGUCAUCUGACCACUUCCGUAUUGAGCGAGUCACUGGUACUUCCUGCUUUAGUUUUUGCUUGUAAGCAGGAAUCAGGAGGAUAUAAUUAUGGUCAGAUUUGCCAAAUGGAGGGCGAGGGAGAGAUUUGUAUGUGUCUUUGUGUGUGGAGUAAAGGUGUUCUAGAGUUUAUUUUCCUCUGGUUGCACGUGACAUGAGGUAAAACUGAUUUAUGUUUGCCUGCAUUAAAGUCCUCGGCCACUAGGAACGCCGCUUCUGGAUGACCAUUUUCUAGUUUGCUUAUGGCCUCACUGAGUGCGGUCUUAGUGCCAGCAUUGGUUUGUGGUGGUAAAUAGACGGCUACGAAAAAUAUAGAUGAAAACUCUCUUGGUAGAUAGUGUGGUCUACAGCUUAUCAUGAGGUACUCUACCUCAGGCGAGCAAUACCUCGAGACUUCUUUAAUAUUAGACAUAGCCCACCAGCUGUUAUUGACAAAUAGACACACACCACCACCCCUCAUCUUACCAGACGCAGCAGUUCUGUCCUGCCGAUGCACGGAAAAUCCAGCCAACUGAAUAUUAUCCGUGUCGUCGUUCAGCCACGACUCGGUGAAACACAAGAUAUUACAGUUUUUAAUGUCCUGUUGGUAGGAUAGUCUCGAACGGAGCUCAUAAAGUUUAUUCAGUGAUUGCACGUUGGCCAAUAGAACGGAUGGUAGAGGCCACUCGCCGACUAAUUUUCACAAGGCACCCCGAUUUCUGCCCCCUGUACCUCCAUAUUUUCUUCACGCGAAUGAUGGGGUUUGGGCCUGGUCUUGGAGAAGCAGUAUAUCCUUUGAUUCAUUAUAUAAAAAAUCUUCAUCCAGUUCGAGGUGAGUAAUCGCUGUUCUGAUAUCCAGAAGCUCUUUUCGGUCAUAAGAGAUGGUAGCAGCAACAUUAUGUACAAAAUAAGUUACAAACAAUGCGAAGAAACACACAAAAUAGCACAUUUGGUUAGGAGCCAUCCCCUCUGGCGCCAUGGUAUUGCUUUUAGAUUUGUGUGUGCUGUUGUGAAUUGUUAGAUAUUACUGCACUGUUGGAGCUACGAACACAAGCAUUUCACUACACCCGCAAUAACGUCUGCUAAAUAUGUGUUUACGACCAAUAAAAUUCGAUUUGAUUUAUGAUUUGAUUUGAUGUCUGUCAGAAGAUGAUGUGGAAACCGGCCACUAUGGUUAACAGUGAGCCCUGUUACCUUCAAGUAGGUUUUGGUUUUGCUAGGGUGUUGGGGAUGGGAUAGGAGAUGGGCAUAAGUAUCUGCCUCUGAUUCCAAAGGUUGCACGUUCAAAUCUUUUUGGGAUUUUUGUUUUAAGCCUUUCCCAAACCUUAACCCUUACCUUAACCAUUCGGAGUUAAUGCCUAACUUUAAGAUUUCGGAGUUAAUGCCUAAACUUAACCCUAACUUUAAACAUUCUGAGUUAAACCUAAAACACUUCGAAAUUUGAAGUUUGCAACAACUUCGAAAUUUGAUGUUUGGAUUAACGUCUAAUUCUGACGUGAUACUGUGAGAGCUAGUUGGGAGGAAUACCAUGAAGAAGUGGAGGAAUAGCAUGAAGAGGCACUCUAGCUGAUUUAUCUGUGAUUACCUCUCCUUUCCCUUCCUUUGCCUUGAUUAUAGACUAGAGCGCUUCUAUGGACCACUGCUAGCACAACACACACAUGCACUUCAUCAUGCCAGGGAAUCUGUACAGCAGAGUAAUGGAACAGAAACAAGGAGAGAUUGAGAAUCAGUGAUACUGUAGGGUGCCUAGAAAAGUAUGAAUCAUGUUCUUAAUCAUGUUUGAACAAAGGGAUCUGAUGUGCUGCUGAACAGUUGUAAGAGGUUUUUCAGCAACGAAACCUGUUUCGGCUCACAGGCUAAACAAUGUGAUAAGGCUAUCUAAUGUAUUAAAUGCAGUAUUUUAUAUAUACUUGAUGUGUUUCAUGCCUAAUGCACUAGCAGCAACUGUAUGUAGUGUGUUUUAUUAGUCCUAUUCUCCUGUCUGUCUAGGAGCCACUGUAUGUUGUCAUUUGUAAAGAUAGACACGUCCCACAGCACUUUACACGCAGCGAUAUGACAGUAGAGUCAGCCCCAUCAUAAUGUUUCAAUAGGGAAAAAUCACUGUUAAUGUUCUCUGGGGUGCUUUUGUUUCAUGCCACCACAGGUGCCAGUGCCCACCGCAGUACGAGGGUCCUGAGUGCCAGCAGACGAGGCAAAGUUUCCUUGGCAACGGCUAUGCCUGGUUUCCUCCCAUAAGGCCGUGCUUUGAUAGCCAUCUCUCCCUGGAGUUCAUCACAGAGGCUGAGGACGGCCUGCUGCUCUACAGCGGGCCCCUGGCCACCCUGCAGCCCGGAGACCCAGAGGACUACAUGGCUAUAGGUAGGGUAAUGUGUUACCCACCCAGGAUUUGAACCCGGGUUAUGGAAAUCACAAAAGCCCUCUGAGCUAAAGCCUAGGCAUUAACUGGAAGCUACUGUAACUCAGGAUUUUAGGUCUCAGGCAAGGUUACUCAUCAUCUUGGGAUUUGAACUUGGGUCGUCCGCGUGCCUCAAUAUGACACAUUAGCCCUCUGAGCUAAGAGCUAGGCAUUAGCUGGGAGCUAACUUGUUUUUUGGGGGAUUCAAGCAAGGUUAUUCAUCAGCCUAAUAUGGUUUACCAAACCACCUCUGUUACACAAUGGCAAAUGUAUACUGUCGCUGCCUCCCAGUCCAACCGAGGUGCAUGAAUUGGUCAUCCCCAAAACCAACACCUCAUUUGGCCGCCAUUCCUUCCAGUUCUCUGCUGCCAAUGACUGGAACGAACUGCAAAAAUCUCUGAAGCUGGAGACUCUUAUCUCCCUCACUAACUUUAAGCAUCAGUUGCCAGAGCACCUUACUGAUCACUGCACCUGUACACAGCCAUUCUGAAAUUAGCCCACCCAACUACCUCAUCCCCAUAUUGUUAUUUAUUUUGCUCAUUUGCACCCCAGUAUCUCUAUUUGCACAUCAUCUCUUGUACAUCUAUCAUUCCAGUGUACUAAUUGUAAUUAUUUUGCACUAUGGCCUAUUUAUUGCCUUACCUCCAUAACUUGCUACAUUUGCACACACUGUAUAUAUAUAUUUUCUGUUGUAUUUUUGACUUUAUGUUUUGUUUUACCCCAUAUGUAACUCUGUGUUGUUGUUUUUAUCGCACUGCUUUGCUUUAUCUUGGCCAGGUCGCAGUUGUAAAUGAGAACUUGUUCUCAACUGGCUUACCUGGUUAAAUAAAGGUGAAAUAAAAAUAAAAAAUAAAAAUGGUUUAUUGGUUGACUUUCUCAUCAUCGUAGACCAAGAUAAUGGUCCAUACCUUUGGGAUGAACUAUAUAUGGUGUGGUACCGGAGCGCCAAGUCUAGGUCCAAAAGGCUCCUUAACAGCUUCUACCCCCCAAGCCAUAAGACUGCUGAACAAUUAAUCAAAUGGCCACCUGGACUAUUUGCACUGACACCCCCCCCCCCCCCACCCUUUGUUUUUACAUUGUUGCUACUCGCUGUUUAUUAUCAAUGCAUGGUCACUUUACCCCUACCUACAUGUACAAAUUACCUCGACUAACCUGUACCCCCGCACAUUGACUCGGUACCGAUAUCCCCUAUAUGUAGCCUUUAUUGUGUUACUUUUUUAAUUUAAUUUUUUACUUUUAUUUUAUUUAAUAAAUAUUUUCUUAACUCUAUUUUCUUAAAACUGCAUUGUUGGUUAAGGGCUUGUAAGUAAGCAUUUCACGGUAAGGUUUACACCUGUUGUAUUCGGUGCAUGUGACAAAUAACAUUUGAUUUGAUUUUGAUAUAUACCGUUUCAUGUAAAGUAUGCAUAUUUGUAUGAAUUGACUAUUUGACACUGAACAACAUCCCUCUAAGAGUAUAAGAAGAGCAUCCUACACCACUGUUGAACUUUGACCCUUUAAAUCUGUAGGUGGAAUGGCAUAGUGCUGAUAUUGAUGACCUCUCUUCUCCUCAGAGCUGAUUGGUGGGACACCCAGUCUGAAGAUCAACCACGGGUCUGGGACCCUGGUCCUGCAGUUGCAGGGCAACGUGGCUGUGUCCGACAGACGCUGGCACCGACUGGAUGUUAGGAGCAACAGUAAAGUAAAUGGACUAUUAGAUGGCUGUAUUCACUUCCCCCAACACAUUCUUUCAUGUUCUUACGUGUGUGUGUGUGUGUAUGUGGGUGUGUGUGUAUGUGUAUGUGUGUACGCACACACACAUGCCCACACACACCCACACACACAGACACACAAGAUUGUCACCUCGCUCCUCUUCUCUGGGGUUUUCAGGAUGUGCAUUUCACCCUGGACCGCUGCUCCAGUGCCAUCAUUAUGGAGGCUGAGGGCGUGGACAGCUGGGCCAUGACCGAGGACCGCUCCUCCUGUGAGGUCAGAGGAGUCACGCCUAAUAGGGACAGGUAAUGUUCUCCUCAGAACCCCGCCCCUUGGGACGUCACACCAAUCACACCUGCUAGCCAAGGCAUUGUGGAUGGACAAAAUGGUUCCUCUGAAAGGCAUAACAAAAACUACAACCCUCCAUCCACAAUUCAUUCAUGGUUAUCUGUGAUCAUGGUAGCAUCCACAGUCAUGUAGAAGUGUUCACAAACAUAUUCUAUUCUUAUUUACAGUAAAAGUGACUCCAAAAUGACACAUUACAAUAUUUACCAUUCAUUUCUAUUGGGCACAACAUAAUCUGAAACACACCAAAACAAACUGCAAAUGCACAAGCUUGAUGUAGUCAUUGCGUGCUAGGAAUACAGGACCAAAUACUAAACUUUUGACUACUUUAAUACACAUAUAAGUUAAUUUGUCCAAAUACUUAUGGCACCUUCAAAUGGGGGGACUAGAUACAUAAAGAGCCUUCAUUUCUAAACGGUAAAACAGAUAUGUACGAAAAUACCAGAAAAUAAAAGGUGACAUUCUGUACUGUCGCCUCAUAUGAAACAUUUGAUCUCAAAUCCAAAAUAUGGAGUAUAGAGCCAAAAAAACGUUUAGCUUCACUGUCAAAAUAAAUACGUAGGAGAAUGUAUAUCAUGUGUAUAUGGCAAAUAAACAAACGUGAACUUGAACUUGAACUUGAUGGAUGGAUGGAUGGAUGGAUGGAUGGAUGGAUGGAUGGAUGGAUGGAUGGAUGGAUGGAUGGAUGGAUGGAUGGAUGGAUGGAUGGAUGGAUGGAUGGAUGGAUGGAUGGAUGGAUGGAUGGAUGGAUGGAUGGAUGGAUGGAUGGAUGGAUGGAUGGACGGAAUGGUCAGGCAUUGACAGUGAAGUGUGUCCUCCUCCACAGGUACCUGAAUGGUAGUCAGGUGUUGCAGCUAGGUGGGGUCAACGAGAACAUGUCCUAUGAGUAUCCACAGCUACAGCACAAGCACUUCACUGGGUGUCUGCGCAACCUGGUUGUGGACAGUAAGGUAAGACACACAAGUCUACAGCUCUGCCCUAAAACACUAACAAGAAAAUAGUCUACCUCUCUAACUCCAUCUCGGCUCUAGACAUUGCAGUUUUAUUUAUUUUCUCACACCUUGACCUGUUUGGUUGACUCGCUGGAAGGUGUCUUUAAAAAUGAGAGUUCAAGAGGAUAUGUAAAUGUGAGCUCAAGGCUAAGCUGGGAGUAUCUUCUGAAUGCUGAUGUCUCUCAGUCAUCACAUUCCUCUUUAGUCAGGCUCUAUCAAUGCUGUCAGACAGGUUACAUGAACUGGUAGAAUGUAUUCUCCUUCAAGUUCUUUCUCUAAUGUAUGCCCAUGAUCUUUGUGCCUCUACUUUAGGCUUCAGAAAAGGAUGUAUUGUGCAUUAUUGAAGAUACACCUAAAAUCUCUCUCUCUCUCUCUCUCUCUCUCUCUCUCUCUCUCUCUCUCUCUCUCUCUCUCUCUCUCUCUCUCUCUCUCCCUUAUUCUUUUCUCUCUCUCGCCCUAAUUUUUUCAAAUUUGUUCUCUGUCUCUCUUCUCUCUCCCUCCACAUCUCUCUUUCUCCCUCUCUCUUUCCCAAUCACCCUCCAUCUGUCUCUCUCCUUCCCCUCAUUCCUCCCUCCCCUCUAACUCUCCCUCUCUUCCAGCUCUAUGACCUUGGCUCUCCCUCGGAGUCCUCCAGCACUGCCCCAGGCUGCGCUCUGACUGAUGGGAACUGUAUGAACAUGGGGGUACAAGUCUGUGGCGCCAGGGGGCGCUGUAACGGGCAGUGGGACUCCUUCAGCUGCCGAUGUGGGCCCGGGUACACAGGGAUCCACUGUGAAGACGGUAUGUCCUUAGAGAAUAUACAGUCGGAUUAUAACGGGUGUUGUCUCUGGGUAUCAUAAGGUGUAGAGUGGACUACAUUGCAUAGCAGAGUCCUAAUAUGGGAUGUAUGUUUUGUUUUCCACCAAUAUCUAAAUGCCAUAGCUUUGAAUUCUAGGUUUAGCACUCCUGUUAGAGUCAAGAUUUAACUAUUUUUUAAUUGUCCUAUCUUGUGGAAUGGAAAUGUGUCUUAAGGCUUUACAUGCAUGGCUCACACGUAAGAUGACUGUGUUUGGCUCCUCUCACAUAUGUGAAUUGUCUUGAAUUGUCUACUGAGUGCAUACAGUAGUAGGUACAGUAUAAUUAAUUAAUAAUAUACUGUAUUUGAAGCCCUCAUUGUAUCUCUAUUCAACUCUAUGUUUUUCUCUCUUGAACUGACAGAAGUCCCAGAGUUCUCCUUCAAUGGGAGGAGCCAUGUCCAGUACCAGGUGGGCUGGUCACUCCCCACUCGUCACACCAGCGUGCAGCUC